AUUCACGGGUGAUGAAUGUGUCUGUCUGCCACGUCAAGCUGGAGCUUUUCUUCUCAGGGGAAGUGAGAAUGUUCCAGUGACUCAUAUUUCACGUACAAAUGUGCACCAUAUGUGGAUGUGAAGGAGUCUCAGUCAUCAGAGAUAUUUGACCUGUUUUGACCUUUGACCUGGGGGGGGGGGGGGGCAUGGGCAAGUUGCAGCGGAGGGUGCAGAGCUGGUGGCCGGGGUAGUGGUAGCCAGGUGGAAAGCAUGGCCAGCCGUAGCAAAAUGCCUGUUGAAAUUCUCGAUAAUUGUAGAUUUAUCGGUGGUGACAGUGUUUCCUAGCUUCAGUGCAGUGGGCAGUUGGGAGGAGGUGCUCUUAUUUUCCAUGGACUUUACAGUGUCCCAAAACUUUUUGGAGUUAGUGCUACAGGAUGCAAAUUUCUGUUUGAAAAAGCUAGCCUUUGCUUUCCUAUCUGAUUGUGUAUAUUGGUUCCUGACUUCCCUGAAAAGUUGCAUAUCGCGGGGGCUGUUCGAUGCUAAUGCAGUACGCCACAGGAUGUUUUUGUGCUGGUCAAGGGCAGUCAAGUCUGAGGAGAACCAGGGGCUAUAUCUGUUCUUAGUUCAGAAUUUUUUGAAUGGGGCAUGCUUAUUUAAGAUUGAGAGAAAAGCACAACAAGGCAUCCUCUACUGACGGAAUGAGGUCAAUAUCCAUCCAGGAUACCCGGGCCAGGUCAUUUAGAAAAGCCUGCUCGCUAAAGUGUUUUAGGGAGCGUUUGACAGUGAUGAGGGGUGGUCGUUUGACCACGAACCCAUUACGGACGCAGGCAAUAAGGCAGUGAUCGCUGAGAUCCUGGUUGAAGACAGCAGAGGUGUAUUUAGAGGGUAAAUUUGUCAGGAUGAUAUCUAUGAGGGUGCCCAUGUUUACAGAUUUAAGGUUGUACCUGGUAGGUUCAUUGAUAAUUUGUGUGAGAUUGAGGGCAUGUAGUUUAGAUUGUAGGUUGGCCGGGGUGUUAAGCAUAUACAGUGGGGAGAACAAGUAUUUGAUACACUGCUGAUUUUGCAGGUUUUCCUACUUACAAAGCAUGUAGAGGUCUGUAAUUUAUCAUAGGUACACUUCAACUGUGAGAGACAGAAUCUAAAACAAAAAUCCAGAAAAUCACAUUGUAUGAUUUUUAAGUAAUUAAUUAGCAUUUUAUUGCAUGACAUCAGUAUUUGAUCACCUACCAACCAGUAAGAAUUCCGGCUCUCACAGACCUGUUAGUUUUUCUUUAAGAAGCCCUCCUGUUCUCCACUCAUUACCUGUAAUAACUGCACCUGUUUGAACUUGUUACCUGUAUAAAAGACACUUGUCCACACACUCAAUCAAACAGACUCCAACCUCUCCACAAUGGCCAAGACCAGAGAGCUGUGUAAGGACAUCAGGGAUAAAAUAGUAGACCUGCACAAGGCUGGGAUGGCCUACAGGACAAUAGGCAAGCAGCUUGAUGAGAAGGUAACAACUGUUGGCGCAAUUAUGAGAAAAUGGAAGAAGUUCAAGAUGACGGUCAAUCACCCUCGGUCUGGGGCUCCAUGCAAGAUCUCACCUCGUGGGGCAUCAAUGAUCAUGAGGAAGGUGAGGGAUCAGCCCAGAACUACACGGCAGGACCUGGUCAAUGACCUGAAGAGAGCUGGGACCACAGUCUCAAAGAAAACAAUUAGUAACACACUACGCCAUCAUGGAUUAAAAUCCUGCAGCGCACGCAAGGUCCCCCUGCUCAAGCCAGCGCAUGUCCAGGCCCGUCUGAAGCUUGCCAAUGACCAUCUGGAUGAUCCAGAGGAGGAAUGGGAGAAGGUCAUGUGGUCUGAUGAGACAAAAAUAGAACUUUUUGGUCUAAAAUCCAUUCGCCGUGUUUGGAAGAAGAAGAAGGAUGAGUACAACCCCAAGAACACCAUCCCAACCGUGAAGCAUGGAGGUGGAAACAUCAUUCUUUGGGGAUGCUUUUCUGCAAAGGGGACAGGACGACUGCACCGUAUUGAGGGGAGGAUGGAUGGGGCCAUGUAUCGCGAGAUCUUGGCCAACAACCUCCUUCCCUUAGUAAGAGCAUUGAAGAUGGGUCGUGGCUGGGUCUUCCAGCAUGACAACGACCCGAAACACACAGCCAGGGCAACUAAGGAGUGGCUCCGUAAGAAGCAUCUCAAGGUCCUGGAGUGGCCUAGCCAGUCUCCAGACCUGAACCCAAUAGAAAAUCUUUGGAGGGAGCUGAAAGUCCGUAUUGCCCAGUGACAGCCCCGAAACCUGAAGGAUCUGGAGAAGGUCUGUAUGGAGGAGUGGGCCAAAAUCCCUGCUGCAGUGUGUGCAAACCUGGUCAAGACCUACAGGAAACGUAUGAUCUCUGUAAUUUCAAACAAAGGUUUCUGUACCAAAUAUUAAGUUCUGCUUUUCUGAUGUAUCAAAUACUUAUGUCAUCCAAUAAAAUGCAAAUUAAUUACUUAAAAGUCAUACAAUGUGAUUUUCUGGAUUUUUGUUUUAGAUUCCGUCUCUCACAGUUGAAGUGUACCUAUGGUAAAAAUUACAGACCUCUACAUGCUUUGUAAGUAGGAAAACCUGCAAAAUCGCCAGUGUAUCAAAUACUUGUUCUCCCCACUGUACCAGUUUAGGUCACCAAGCAGUAUGAACUCUGAGGAUAGAUGGGGGGCAAUCAGUUCACAUAUGGUGUCCAGGGCACAGCUCGGGGCUGAGGGGGGUCUGUAGCAAGCGGCAACAGUGAGAGACUUAUUUCUGGAAAGGUGGAUUUUUAGAAGUAGGAGCUCAAACUGUUUGGGCACAGACCUGGAUAGUACGAUAGAGCUCUGCAGGCUAUCUCUACAGUAGAUUGCAACCCCACCCCCUUUGGCAGUUUUAUCGAGAUGGAAAAUGUUGUAGUUGGGGAUGGACAUUCAUGAAUUUAUGGUGGCCUUCCUAAUGCAGGAUUCAGACACUGCUAGAACAUCAGGGUUGGCGGAGUGUGCUAACGCAGUGAAUAACUCAAACUUAGGGAGCGGGCCGGGGCUAGCAGAUGGAUCUUCGUGGUCGACGUCGUAACGGGAAGCCUGUUGAAACCACAUCAGACGAUUUCGUCGGCAGACCAGUCGUGUUGGAUCGGCUGGGCUCCGUGUCAACACUAGGAGGUCCCGUCCGGUUGACAGAGAGGUAGAUAGCCGGGAGAUGGGCCUGGCUCGAGGCUUGUGGAGCAAUAACAUCUCAGUCUUUUGUUAUCUGCCUUUGUGUUGCCAUCAUACCAUUUAGAAAAAUGGAAUCAAUAUGGCUGUCUGUGAAAGAACAGGGGAGUCCUUUGGGGGAUUGAAAAGAGAGUGAAAGCAAUACCAGGUUUUGUCAUCAGAUGAAUUUAGACUGAAUUUCAUUGUUCUGCUCCUUGUAGUGCUUUGAGUAAAAGAUGCACGAUGGCAUGGAUGAUGUCAUUGUUUGGCCUCUAGGAUGAUGACCAUGAUGACAUAAUGUGUGUGUUCAACCUGUUUAUUUAAAAAAUCCUGUAUAUUUCUUGUUUAUGUGGAAAGAGAUAUGAUAUUGAAUCGAUCAUUAAGAACCUGUAUUUAUAUUGGUUUAUUUGUUUAUUUUGGUUUAGUGAAGAUCAAAGAAAGGUUAUUUCACUCAUUGGCGAUUGGCCAGUUGUUUGUUAGGUUAUUGUUUUGGGGUUGGGCGGAUGAUUUGAACAUUUUAAUCAGUUGUUGAUUAUAGAUUACAUGGCAACGAAAGUAAUUAGUAACAUAAUACAUUGGAUUACUCUAUUAUUACUCUUAAAUUAGUAAUAAUAAUAAUCUGAUUACAUUUGGAUUACUUCCAUUUCUAUCACCCGUAUUUUUUAAAUGAAAAACGUGCCACUAAUAUUCAAUAGAGUAACAAAGAAACACAAUAUCAAGUCAUCUAAAGCUCUUUCAAUGUUUCAGUUUUUUCUAUUAAUAUUCAACAGUUAACAUACAGAUGUAUGAUCUUAAUUUGAUCACACUUUUGUUGCUGAGAAUUUUCCUGCACAGCAGGAAAUGCAAACUUGUAGUGUAUUCAAGGUUUAAAAAGGCUUCUAAAGUUUGUAAUUUCCACUUUAAAAUGUCAGUCUUGAUUUGCCCUAACAAGAAAUGUUUCAACCCCUACAGAAAAUGUCCAUUAAUUAUAAUUCACAUAAUAUUUCACAUUUCAUGUUGCUGCAGGAUUAUUUUCCUGCUGUAGCAAACUGGCUCAAAUUAAGAUCCUAAAUAUGUAUGUGUUAACAGUGGGUUUACAUUAAAUACACAGAAAUGUAAAAAAAAAAUAAUAAUAAAAAAAAACAUGAAUAUAUUGAUGCACAAUUUUUUUUCCCACUGUUACAGACAGAGGUGGUAUCAGCUCUACCUGUGUUUUUCCACAGUUAGAGUGGAUUUACUUCUAGCCAACUCGGGCUACGUAAGUACCGUUGCUUAAACACUACCAGUCAAAAGUUUGGACACACCUACUCAUUCAAGGGUUUUUCUUUAUUUUUACUAUGUUUUACAUUGUAGAACAUUAGUGAAGACAUCAAAGCCAUGAAAUAACACAUAUGGAAUCAUGUAGUAACCAGAAAAGUGUUAAACAAAUCAAAAUAUAUUUUAUAUUUGAGAUUCUUCAAAUAGCCACCCUUUGCCUUGAUGACAGUUUUGCACACUCUUGGCAUUCUCUCAACCAGCUUCACCUGGAAUGCUUUUCCAACAGUCUUGAAGGAGUUCCCACAUAUGCUAAGCACUUGUUGGCUGCUUUUCCUUCACUUUGUGGUCCGACUCAUCCCAAACCAUCUCAAUUGGGUUGAGGUCGGGGGAUUGUGGAGGCCAGGUCAUCUGAUGCAGCACUCCAACACUCUCCUUCUUGGUAAAAUACCCCUUACACAGCCUGGAGGUGUGUUGGGUCAUUGUCCUGUUGAGAAACAAUUGAUAGUCCCACUAAGCCCAAACUAGAUGGGAUGGCGUAUCGCUGUAGAAUGCUGUGUUAGCCAUGCUGGUUAAGUGUGCCUUGAAUUCUAAAUAAAUCACAGACAGUGUCACCAGCAAAGCACCCCCACACCAUAACACCUCCUCCAUGCUUUACGGUGAGAAAUACACAUGCGGAGAUCAUCCGUUCACCCACACCACGUCUCACAAAGACACGGCGGUUGGAACCAAAAAUCUCACACUUGGACCCCAGACCAAAGGACACAUUUCCACCGGUCUAAUGUCCAUUGCUCGUGUUUCUUGGCCCAAGCAGGUCUCUUCUUAUUGGUGUCCUUUAGUAGUGGUUUCUUUGCAGCAAUUCGACUAUGAAGGCCUGAUUCACACAGUCCCCUCUGAACAGUUGAUGUUGAGAUGUGUCUGUUACUUGAACUCUGGGCUGUAAUUUCUGAGGCUGGUAACUCUAAUGAACUUAUCCUCUGCAGCAGAGGUAACUCUGUGUCUUCCAUUCCUGUGGCGGUUCUCAUGAGAGAUUGCACUUGAAGAAACGUUCAAAGUUCUUGACAUUUUCCGUGUUGACUGACCUUCAUGUCUUAAAGUAAUGAUGGACUGUUGUUUCUCUUUGCUUAUUUGAGCUGUCCUUGCCAUAAUAUGGACUUGAACUUUUACCAAAUAGGGCUAUCUUCUGUAUACACCCCCUACCUUGUCACAACACAACUGAUUGGCUCAAACGCAUUAAGAAGGAAAGAAAUUCCACAAAUUAACUUUUAAGAAGGCCCACCUGUUAAUUGAAAUGCAUUCCAGGUGACUACCUCAUGAAGCUGGUUGAGAGAAUGCCAAGAGUGUGCAAAGCUGUCAUGAAGACAAAGGGUGGCUAUUUGAAGAAUCUCAAAUAUAAAAUAUAUUUUGAUUUGUUUAACACUUUUUUGGUAACUACAUGAUUUCAUGUGUUAUUUCAUAGUUUUGAUGUCUUCACUAUUAUUGUACAAUGUAGAAAAUAGUAAAAAUAAAGAAAAACCCUGGAAUGAGUAGGUGUGUCCAAACCUUUGACUGGUACUGUAUGUGCAUUUGAGUUCGGAGCACGCCAGAUGCAUGUUGGAUGUGGUUGGGUCAGAUUCUCCCGGAGAAUCUGGUUUUCUCGUCGGUUCGGCCUCCUUUGACACUAGCGAAUCACAUGCCAAUCAUUAGUGGGGCAUUCCCAAAGUAUAUUGUUGGUGCUGCUUGGGGACAGACAGCGUAUCUCCGUAUGAAGCGCUGUGCACAGUGCAUUUAUCUCAUCAGCUGGUAAUUGUUUUCUUAUGACAGGUAAAUUUGCUGCAGUAUAGGUAGCCUAUAGCCUACUGCAUGCCAUGAUGAUGAUUGGAAAGUUGUAUAUACAGUGGGGAAAAAAGUAUUUAGUCAGCCACCAAUUGUGCAAGUUCUCCCACUUAAAAAGAUGAGAGAGGCCUGUAAUUUUCAUCAUAGGUACACGUCAACUAUGACAGACAAAUUGAGAAAAAAAAUCCAGAAAAUCACAUUGUAGGAUUUUUAAUGAAUUUAUUUGCAAAUUAUGGUGGAAAAUAAGUAUUUGGUCACCUACAAACAAGCAAGAUUUCUGGCUCUCACAGACCUGUAACUUCUUCUUUAAGAGGCUCCUCUGUCCUCCACUCGUUACCUGUUUUAAUGGCACCUGUUUGAACUUGUCAUCAGUAUAAAAGACACCUGUCCACAACCUCAAACAGUCACACUCCAAACUCCACUAUAGCCAAGACCAAAGAGCUGUCAAAGGACACCAGAAACAAAAUUGUAGACCUGCACCAGGCUGGGAAGACUGAAUCUGCAAUAGGUAAGCAGCUUGGUUUGAAGAAAUCAACUGUGGGAGCAAUUAUUAGGAAAUGGAAGACAUACAAGACCACUGAUAAUCUCCCUCGAUCUGGGGCUCCACGCAAGAUCUCACCCUGUGGGGUCAAAAUGAUCACAAGAACGGUGAGCAAAAAUCCCAGAACCACACGGGGGGACCUAGUGAAUGACCUGCAGAGAGCUGGGACCAAAGUAACAAAGCCUACCAUCAGUACCACACUACACCGCCAGGGACUCAAAUCCUGCAGUGCCAGACGUGUCCCCCUGCUUAAGCCAGUACAUGUCCAGGCCCGUCUGAAGUUUGCUAGAGUGCAUUUGGAUGAUCCAGAAGAGGAUUGGGAGAAUGUCAUAUGGUCAGAUGAAACCAAAAUAUAACUUUUUGGUAAAAACUAAACUCGUCGUGUUUGGAGGACAAAGAAUGCUGAGUUGCAUCCAAAGAACACCAUACCUACUGUGAAGCAUGGGGGUGGAAACAUCAUGCUUUGGGGCUGUUUUUCUGCAAUGGGACCAGGACGACUGAUCCGUGUAAAGGAAAGAAUGAAUGGGGCCAUGUAUCGUGAGAUUUUGAGUGAAAACCUCCUUCCAUCAGCAAGGGCAUUGAAGAUGAAACGUUGCUGGGUCUUUCAGCAUGACAAUGAUCCCAAACACACUGCCCGGGCAACGAAGGAGUGGCUUCGUAAGAAGCAUGUGACACUCUGGCUCCGGGACUUUUGUAUUUGAGCCAGGGUGUAUUUUGUUAUGUUUGGUUGGGUGUUUCUAAGUGUUGUAUUUCUAGGUUUGGUCAAUGACUCCCAAUCGGAGGUAACGAGUGUCAGCUGUCGGCUCGUUAUCUCUGAUUGGGAGCCAUAUUUAUUUCUGUAUGUUUUCCUGUGGGGUUUUUGUUCCAGGUUCAGUCAUAGUCACUGUAGGACUUCACUAUCGUCAUUUGUUUGUUGUUUUCGUGGUUGCGUUUAUUUGAAUAAAGUCAUCAUGUUCACUCCACGCGCUGCGUAUUGGUCCGUUUCCUCAGACGAUCGUGACAGAAAAACCCACCAAAGAAAGACCAAGCAGCGUGUCCAGGAGCAAGGAGACUGGACAUGGGAGGAGGCAACGGGCAAGGAGAUAGAGAGGCUGGCGAUGGCCCAGGUGGGCACAUCGUGGUCCUGGGAGGACAUGCUCGGAGGCAAGGGACCUUGGGGAAGGAUCAAGGCCCUGGCGAGAGAGGAGCAACGGCGGCAGCAGGGCCAUCGUCGGAGGGUCGUGAGUCAACCCCAGAAAAUGUUUAGGGGGGGGGCACACGGCAUGGACGACGGGGCUGACGGAGGAGAAAAGGGGGAGUAUCCAGGAGGCCACCAGGCCAGGGGUACACCGCCCUGUAUGUCCUGUGCGGAUGCCUCACACAGAGUGUGUGAGGGUAGGCAUUCAGCCAGGACGGGUGGUGUCCGCUGUUCGCUCCAGGCCUCCUAUCCGUCUCCACAGCCCGGUCCGGCCUGUUCCUGCCACCCGCACCAAGUCUACGGUGUGCGUCGCCAGCCCGGUCCGGCCUGUUCCUGCCACCCGCACCAAGUCUACGGUGUGCGUCGCCAGCCCGGUCCGGCCUGUUCCUGCCACCCGCACCAAGUCUACGGUGCGCGUCGCCAGCCCGGUCCGGCCUGUUCCUGCCACCCGCACCAAGUCUACGGUGCGCGUCGCCAGCCCGGUCCGGCCUGUUCCUGCCACCCGCACCAAGUCUACGGUGCGCGUCGCCAGCCCGGUCCGGCCUGUUCUUGCCACCCGCACCAAGUCUACGGUGCGCGUCGCCCGGCCAGAGUCUGCCGUCUGCCCAACGGCGCCUGAACUGCCCGUCUGCCCAACGGCGCCUGAACUGCCCGUCUGCCCAACGGCGCCUGAACUGCCCGUCUGCCCAGCGGCGCCUGAACUGCCCGUCUGCCCAACGGCGCCUGAACUGCCCGUCUGCCCAACGGCGCUUGAACUGCCCGUCUGCCCAACGGCGCCUGAACUGCCUGUCUGCCCAACGCCGUCUGAACUGUCCGUCUGCCAAGCGCUGCAUAAGCCGCCCGUCUGCCAUGAGCCGUCAGAGCCGUCCGCCAGACCGGAGCUGCUAAAGCCUUCCGCCAGACAGGAUCAGCCAGAGCCUUCUGCCAGACAGGAUCAGCCAGAGCCUUCCGCCAGACAGGAUCAGCCAGAGCCUUCCGCCAGACAGGAUCAGCCAGAGCCUUCCGCCAGACAGGAUCAGCCAGAGCCUUCCGCCAGACAGGAUCAGCCAGAGCCUUCCGCCAGACCGGAUCAGCCAGAGCCUUCCGCCAGACAGGAUCAGCCAGAGCCUUCGGCCAGACAGGAUCAGCCAGAUCCGUCAGCCUGCCAUGAGCAGCCAGAUUCGUCAGCCAGCCAUGAGCAGCCAGAUCCGUCGGCCAGCCAUGAGCAGCCAGAUCCGUCGGCCAGCCAUGAGCAGCCAGAUCCGUCGGCCAGCCAUGAGCAGCCAGAUCCGUCAGCCAGCCAUGAGCAGCCAGAUCCGUCAGCCAGCCAUGAGCAGCCAGAUCCGUCGGCCAGCCAUGAGCAGCCAGAUCCGUCGGCCAGCCAUGAGCAGCCAGAUCCGUCGGCCAGCCAUGAGCAGCCAGAUCCGUCAGCCAGCCAUGAGCAGCCAGAUCCGUCAGCCAGCCAUGAGCAGCCAGAUCCUUCAGCCAGCCAUGAGCCGUUCAGCCAGGAUCCGCCAGAGCCGUCCAGCCAGGAUCCGCCAGAGCCAGCCAGCCGGGAUCCGCCAUUGAGUCAGGUGCUGCCCCUUAUCCUGGUGCUGCCCCUUAGUCCGGUACUGCCCCUUAGUCCGGUGCUGCCCCUUAGUCUGGUGCUGCCCCUUAGUCCGGUGCUGCCCCUUAGUCCGGUGCUGCCUCUUAGUCCGGUGCUGCCCCUUAAACCGGUGGGGGUCAUGUGGAGGAGGCUAGGAAGCGGGUGGUGACUAAGGUGGGGUGGGGACCACGACCAGGGCCAGAACCGCCACCGUGGACAGACGCCCACCCAGACCCUCCCCUAGACUGUAUGCUGGUGCGCCCGGAGUUCGCACCUUUAGGGUGGGGUACUGUGACACUCUGGCUCCGGGACUUUUGUAUUUGAGCCAGGGUGUAUUUUGUUAUGUUUGGUUGGGUGUUUCUAAGUGUUGUAUUUCUAGGUUUGGUCAAUGACUCCCAAUCGGAGGUAACGAGUGUCAGCUGUCGGCUCGUUAUCUCUGAUUGGGAGCCAUAUUUAUUUCUGUAUGUUUUCCUGUGGGGUUUUUGUUCCAGGUUCAGUCAUAGUCACUGUAGGACUUCACUAUCGUCAUUUGUUUGUUGUUUUCGUGGUUGCGUUUAUUGGAAUAAAGUCAUCAUGUUCACUCCACGCGCUGCGUAUUGGUCCGUUUCCUCAGACGAUCGUGACAAAGCAUUUCAAGGUCCUGGAGUGGCCUAGCCAGUCUCCAGAUCUCAACACCAUAGAAAAUCUUUGGAGGGAGUUGAAAGUCUGUGUUGCCCAGCGACAGCCCCAAAACAUCACUGCUCUAGAGGAGAUCUGCAUGGAGGAAUGGGCCAAAAUACCAGCAACAGUGUGUGAAAACCUUGUGAAGACUUACAGAAAACGUUUGACCUGUGUCAUUGCCAACAAAGCGUAUAUAACAAAGUAUUGAGAAACUUUUGUUAUUGACCAAAUACUUAUUUUCCACCAUAAUUUGCAAAUAAAUUCAUUAAAAAUCCUACAAUUUGAUUUUCUGGAUUUUCUUUCCUCAUUUUGUCUGUCAUAGUUGAUGUGUACCUAUGAUGAAAAUUACAGGACUCUCUCAUCUUUUUAAGUGGGAGAACUUGCACAAUUGGUGGCUGACUAAAUACUUUUUUCCCCCACUGUACAGUAUACCACGUCUGAUUAUCGUAGAUAUUUUGGGGGGUUUGGGAGAGGACACAAUAUUGUUGUUCUCAUGGCAUUCCAAAACACUGAGAAUGGAUCUCUGUAUGCAUCAGUCCACUGUUUGUAGACGAUUGAACUUUAGAUGUAGUAAGUUUCUUUAUCAUCAGUCUGUCUGAUCGCACUAGCAUAACCGGCUGUGACCUUUUCAGACGCAGAAUGUAGGCCAUAUCAGCUUUUUCAGUCAUGCACGAUUACACAUCAGCUCUGUCGCUCUGUUGUCAACUCCGAUGUCUCCCCUUGCAACACCAAGAUGCCUGUCUGAUUUCACCCUUAUGUGUCGACGUCCUUUAGUGUCACUAUGGAAUACAGUGUUAAUGCAUAACAUCCCACUCCCACCUUCUAAAAUGGUAACACUCCAUUGUCACUGAAAGUAGCCCAAUGGUUAUGGUUACCAUUUUUGGUAUACAGUAUAUACAUACCUUAUUUUUCAACCUGUAAGAACAUCUUUGCACAGUUGGAAAAGGAUGUCACAAACUAUAUAUUUUUCAAGUAUACACAAUUUGGGUGCGUCUGAAAUGACAUAAAUACCAGGUGCCAAGAAACAAACGAGCAAAAAGAAAGACAACCUCACAUCAACCUCAGUUGCAGUUUUUCUAUAUUUUCUCUUACUAUGCAAGGUAUUUUGGACGUGAUAAUUACUAAGAUGUUGCAGUUGUUCAUCAUGCUCCUUUGUCUUGUCAGGUGGGGGGCACUAAGACAGGAGUGGUGCGCUACGUGGGGGAGACUGACUUUGCCAAGGGCGAGUGGUGCGGCGUGGAGUUGGACGAGCCCCUGGGGAAGAAUGACGGUGCAGUGGCUGGAACCAGGUAUACACUGCCUGUCUGUCAUCUCUCUCUCUCUCUCUCUCUUUCUCUCUCUCUCUCUCUCUGCCUCUGUGUUUAUGUCUCUUUCUCUAUGUCUCUGUCUGUCUCUCUGUGUGUGUCUCUCUCUCUCCCCCUCUCCUUCUGUAUGUUUCUCCAUUUCCCUCUCCUACUUGAUCUAACUCCCUCGCAUAUGUGCGCUCUCUCUUUCUCUUGCUGGAUCUCUGUUGCAUGCUCUCUCUGUAUUCUUCCUCUAUUCCCGCUUUCUCAUUCUCUUUCAUUCUUUAUUUCAAUGUUUCUGUCUCUCACUGUCUCUUUCUCGCUCUCCUACACACACGCUCGCAUGCACACACACAACCCCCCCCCCCCCCCCCCCACCCCACCCCACACAGACCUGUCUGGCAGAUCUAGCUGUAGGCCUAGUAGUGGCUUUAAAACAUCUAUCAUGUGUGGUUUAGUGUCAGACAAGACAGCAUCAUUCUCUUUUUAGCUGCAAUUCCACUAUAUGGUAAACGAUUAGAGCUAGGCAUUCCCCUCUGUAACACAAUAUUCAACUGAAUUAUUUCCAAAAUUGUGGAAACAUAAAUAGCUGUGCAAACAGAAUAUGACUUCACUCUCCAGAAUAUGACUUCACUCUUCUACCUACAAAAUGAAUCCCAAAAUCUCACAUUUUGUUUUGAGAUGGAAAGUAGCUGUGCUAACAUAUACUAUCGGCAACAUACUCUAGUUUCCUCCACUUUCAUAUUUGAUUUAUUGAAAUAUGCUUUUGAAAGGUUUUGUCACGAUCGUCGGAUACAGAGGACCAAGGCGCAGCGUGGAAGGUGAACAUAUUUAUUAAAUAAUGAUUACACGAACAAAAACAACAAAUCGAUACGUGACGUCCAAAGGUGCAAAACACAAACCUACACAGGAACAAGAUCCCACAAACACUGUGGGAAAACUGGCUGCUUAAGUAUGGUUCCCAAUCAGAGACAACAAGCAACAGCAGAUACACGUUGCCUCUGAUUGAGAACCACACUGGCCAACAUAGAACUACAAAACUAGAACGAAAAACAAAUGAAAACUCACACCCUGGCUCAACAUACUAGAGUCCCCAGAGCCAGGGCGUGACAGUACCCCCCCCCCAAAGGCGCGGACUCCGGCCGCGCCAACCAAACACCACAGGGGAGGGACCGAGUGGGCACUCCGCCUUGGCGGCGGAUCCGGCUCCGGGCAUGAUUCCCACUCCCUCUCCAACCCCCCAAAGUACCCCUGGUCCGGUCUGACCCUGCUGGCCGGAGCUGGACUGAACACCGGUAGAGCGGAUUGCUCUAGCUCCGGCGUGGAGCAGGUGACCGGUGCCGGACCAGGCACCGGUGGAACAGGCACGGGCUGUGCCGGACUGACGACGCACACCACUGGCUUGGUGUGGGGAGCAGGAACAGGCCGAACCGGGCUGACGAUGCGCACCAUAGGCUUGGUGCGUGGAGCAGGAACAGGCCGGGCCGGGCUGACGAUGCGCACCAUAGGCUUGGUGCGUGGAGCAGGAACAGGCCGGGCCGGGCUGACGACGCGCACCACAGGCUCGAUGCGAGGAACAGGAACAGGCCGGACCGUACUGGGGACACACACCACUGGCCCUACGCAGGGAUCAGGAACGGGCCGGACCGGACUGGUAACACACCCCAGUACCUCUCGCCGUGCCUCUACACUUUCCCUCUCCUCUGUGACCAGUGGCCCCCUUAACCUGGCGGCCUCCUCUGCAAACCCGCUGGACCGCUCUAUCGCGGCCUCCUGCUGCCCCGUUGUCCACGGCGUGAGCCACCCCCUAAACAUUUUCUGGGGGUCUCUCCUCCCCUGGGCCAGGCCCAGUCGAGGUUGAUGUCCUUUAGCGAUACCUCUGGCGCUGGCUCCUGGACACGCUGCUUGGUCCAGUGUUGGUGGGAUCUUCUGUCACGAUCGUCGGAUACAGAGGACCAAGGCGCAGCGUGGAAGGUGAACAUAUUUAUUAAAUAAUGAUUACACUAACAAAAACAACAAAUAGAUACGUGACGUCCAAAGGUGCAAAACACAAACCUACACAGGAACAAGAUCCCACAAACACUGUGGGAAAACUGGCUGCUUAAGUAUGGUUCCCAAUCAGAGACAACAAGCAACAGCUGAUACACGUUGCCUCUGAUUGAGAACCACACUGGCCAAAACUAGAACGAAAAACAAAUGAAAACUCACACCCUGGCUCAACAUACUAGAGUCCCCAGAGCCAGGGCGUGACAGGUUUAUUUCACCACUCUGAAUGUUAUUUCAACCCACCUAACCAAAAGCAUGUUUUCCACCUCUUAAAGUGAUUGAUUUAUAUUAAAAUACCUUUUGAUGUGAAGGAAUGCUCGACAGCAACUAGCCAUUACUUGCAUCACAUUUUAUAGUACUAUAUUAUUAAUGACAUAAUACAUACUAGAAAAUUUAUAUAACUUUUCCACCAUGCCACUAAGAUGAAUGUAAUAUAAUGUUUCCCAAUAGUCUUGAAUGGCCAGUCUUAGUUCCUCAUUGUCACCUUUCUCUCAUAACCUCUGAUAUGAAAGGACUUGAUUCCACUUGACAUGAUGGAACCUAGUAGUGGGCACCAAUAUCGAUCAUUCGAUAUUAUAUCGAUAUCGUUUUGAUAUCGAUCUGAGCAAGGCAUAUCUUGAUACCGGUUCAUCCUUCCGGUUUACCUACCCUUUCCUAAAAGAGAGGAAAAAAGCAAACAUGACUGUAACUGCAUGCACAAAACCCUCUCAACUUAGCAUAAUUACAUACUCAGUUACAUAGGCAAUACAUUGAGACAACAGGAAAUUCACCAUGUAUUUACGUCGCCGAGACAUAGCAUGGGAAUCUUUUUCUAAGAGGGCCUCGGUCUAAAAUAAAAAAAUUGCUGUGAAACUCUCUCUAGCCGCUCCUUUGCAGACAUUGGGAUGCAUGGGCAUGAUAUCCGAUGUCAAUUACUCAGUAAUUAUCCCUUCCUCCGAUGUAGUAACCAUGGCCCACUUCCUUGCUAGGUAGAAGCCAACAUUUUUUUAUAAAAAUAGAGCUAAUUUUACUCAAACCUUUUUAAAGGGUAGAAGACAUAAGACUUUUAAAUAAUAAUAAAUAAUUUGGUGGGUGCUUAUAUUUGUCCUAUUUGUCCCAACUCCCCCUGAGACACCUUCGGAGAGUGGGGUCACAGCCAGGAUUUUUAAGCCUUGAGACAAUUGAGACAUGGAUUGUGUAUGUGCGCCAUUCAGAGGGUGAAUGGGCAAGACAAAAUAUUUAAGUGCCUUUGAACGGGGUAUGGUAGUAUGUGCCAGGCGCACCGGUUUGUGUCAAGAACUGCAACGCUGCUGGGUUUUUCACGAUCAACAGUUUCCCGUGUGUAUCAAGAAUGGUCCACCACCCAAAGGACAUCCAUCCAACUUGACACAACUGUGGGAAGCAUUGGAGUCAACAUGGGCCACCACGACUUCAGGAUUUUUGGAGUCAACUCCAACUCCUGUUGUUGGAGUUAAAAGUCGACUCUUGCUCGACUCCCAAAACACGCUAAAACGGCUGCGCACACACCACCUCAUUAUUGCAGAGUCCUAAUAGGAAGACUAAUUUUGCGUUCUAGGGAGGACUGGCAUGAGCAUGAUACUGCCCAUUUGCUUAUCAAUUUAUAAAAGGCCUAUUUUGUUUGUAUAUAGAAGGUGAUGUGUAGGAACUAGAAUAUUUCAGUGAUACUUCUACUGUGCUCAGCCUUGACAGAUCCUAUGGGAUGAUGCGGCGCACUCUCUACGCCGAUAAGCCUAUUAUUUGCUGUGUUAUAUAGCCCUAUUUGGACGGGACUAGUAUUACUAGGGAAGUUGGUUAUGUAAUUAUUAUCCAAGCAUUUGCUUUAUUCCAAAGGACGAUUCGCACAGGACUGUAAUUAUAUUUUUGUUUGUUUUAUUAAAUUGACUCUUAUGACAGAAGCCUGGGGUGGAGGUUUUUAUUCUAGGCGUGAAGAUAUUUCAACGUCAUGUCUAGAUGAUAACAGGCUACACUGAUAACUCAUGCUUGGCUGCCAAAUGUAUAGGUGUCUCCAUAAUAUUUAAAUUGAGGAAGUGUGAUCAGAAUAAUUAUUUUAGCAAUCCAUGGUAGACGUCCCUCCUAAUAAAAAUGUCCCCCAUCCUGAUUAUUUGAGUUGCAAAAAAUGUUGGGUGUGGAACUCACCUUUCUGGUAAUUUUUUUAAAUAAAUUGCUGAGGUGUACUCACUUCUGAGGACACAAGCUCAAAUACAUAGUACAAAUAUUAUGAAAAUAUGAAAAAUCAUAUAUGAUUUUUUCCCCCCUAUUCAACAAAAAUAGGGCAUGAAAUGAUUGAAAUGCUGUCUAAAUAUAGUAACAAUCAAAUUAUAAAUGACUUACUAUAAGAAUUCACAUUUCUUAUAACUGUAAAAUAAAUAUGGGGGACUUAACAUCUAAGAGGUUCACUCAGGCCCGGUCCUGGAUGAUAUUCCGUCCUAGGUGAGAGAGAGAGCGAGAGCAUAACUUAGUCACAGAGGAUCAUUAGCUUCUUUAAAAAAAAUUGCUGGUGAUUGUUUCAAAUCCCAAGCGUGUAGGCCUAUGCCUAGUUGGGAAGCCCACAAUUUGGGCAGCAUGCGUGGCAAUAGGCCUAGCUGAUAAUUGAGUUGCAGUUGUCAGUGAAAAGCCUCUAAAAUAUGUGUGAAGGUUAUGUGUCUUGAGUAUAAUACUUGUAAAUGUUGAGACAGGAAGAAGGGGAGGGGGUGUGUGGCGAAGAUAUAGGCAGUGUCUCUCUCCAGAAUGCAUUCGCUCAGCUCUCCAGAAUGCGCUCAGCUGUCUCCCGCCAAUUCAUGUGCAUUCAUUGUUUUAUUAUGUGAAUUGUUUGCACUUUGAUCGUUUAGUUUUAUCAAUUCCCCAUUACAUACUGUAUGUCACCAGUAGUACAUUUACCGUUAAUCCCUGUCAUUUGGUUACAUUUGGUCCAUUAAUGCAUGUAUUAAUUACAGUCAUUUACCAUUCUCAUUCAGAGUUCACAACCUGCUACACUUGUGAGAAACAUAAUUUAUUAGUUAGGUACAUUUUUUUUAUUGUAUUUUGUUUGAACCGCUCCAUGUGAGCAAUGAGUAUGUGUCUGGUUUCUCUGUCCUGUUAAUGUUGACGGAACCCGCAUGCCUGAGCACACAUAGAAGUACCUGGCCUGCUGCUCACAAAUGUAGGAAAGUGCCCAAUUGGGGAUCUCUGAUUUCUGAUUGUAUUACAGUUUUUUACAAUCACUUUGGCACUAAUUUCAGAACCUUGACGUCACUUUUCAAAACUCUAGACACAAAACUCAAAACGGUCAUCACUUGUAACACAGGCUGUCCAAUGUUCAAAACAUUGCAUUGUGCAUUCAUAUCUUUAAAGAAAUCUUACACUUGCACAAUCAUUGAUUCAAAAUACAAAUUUAUUGUGAAAUACCAAUGAAACGUUAAUUUAGAUCACCCACACACAAGCAACCGAUAGUUUCACUGUGUCAUUGUUCGUACAAUCAUUAAAUAUUGUAGUACAAAAUAGGUGAUACAUGUUUCAUUAUGGUACUACAUGUAAAUACAUCCCUGUAAAAGUACUGCAGUAGUAGAGAGAAUACCACAGACACAGUGGAAUCAUUGAACAAAAUCUGAAAUAUAUUGAUGAAAAACAAUACAGUACUGUAAAACAUCAACUUGCUUGCUUGUACUGUAAAAAGCAAAACAUAGGAGUGAUUACUGUACUUCUACAUUUUCAUCAACUCUGUCUUGUGGUUUUGGCACAGGUUCUCAUCUACAUCACAAUGGAUGUUUUCAUUAGUCAAACAUCUUGGGAAAAACCUUUGGCCAUGGCGAAUCCAGGCCUGACACUGGUCUGCCGUGAUGUCAUUGCAUGCGUCAUCCAUGGCCUGGAGAAGAGUGACUUAUUCAUGAGGGCGCCUAUCAUAAACCUUCCAUCUCCAUGUGGAGAAAUAUUCCUUAAUCGGGUUAAGGAAAGGAGAGUAUGGGGGUAAAUACAGGGUGGUCAAUUGUGCAUGGGCCUGAAACCAUGCUUGCAUCAUAUGAGCAUGGUGGAACCUGACAUUAUCCCACACGAUGACUAGGUCACGCCAUCAGCUCUACAGACCUGAUCGAGCUCAUCAAGGAAGGUUACAAGGGGACCAUAGAAACAGUGUCUGAUAAAGAAUGAUGAUGAAAUAUUACAUCCAUAGAUAAUGUAUUCUAAUUGGUUCAUGCUCCACGCUAAUUGGUGACAAUGAAUCUCGUUACUUUGAAACUUUCAUGAUCUAAACAUGGAAUAUUGUUUGUCUGUUUCCAUACAACUAUGCAUUAAGAGUAAUGCAACAGUUACUUAUCAUUUUGAGCAGUUGUAUCAAUUGAUAGUUGGAUAAUUGUAAUGAAAUGAGGAGACACUCAUCUGAAAUGUAAUGUGUGAAUUGCCUUUUGAAAUAGUAGUACUUUGAUAUUAAGUUGUGUCAUAUUGAACAGGUGACUUUUGUUAAAUGAACAAAUGAUCUUAGUUUUAUGUGUAUUGUAUCCAAGCAAUUGAAAAAAGUGUUAGAGUUUUGAAAAAUGUGCAUUUUGAUCAUUGGUUGUGAGUUUUGUGUCUAGAGUUUUGAAAAAUGACGUCAAGGUUCUGAAAUUAGUGCCAAAGUGAUUGUAAAAAACUGUAACUCACCACCACAGUCAACGAAGUCAGUUUUUUUAAACAUCCAUUGCAAAUGAUAGCUUAAUAGGCUAGUUCCUCACAGUAUUGGAAAAUCUUUCCAACACUUCCCAUUUUUACAUUUACAUUUGAGUCAUUUAGCAGACACUCUUAUCCAGAGCGACUUACAUUUAGUUCAUUAAUCUUAAUCUUACUUAGUUGACAAUGGAAGUUAUAGGCCUACUGAUGCAUUAGCCUAUCUCUGAGUUCCUUACGCUAAUUUCUUUAGCCGCCAAUGGCUCACGGUGUAUCAAUGUGUCCAUAUGGCAGAGGCUAGUGUUCGGAGUGGACUUCUAGUCCGACUCAGGAGGCAUGCACACCAUCCACCACUUCCGAGUAUAUUAAUCGCUAAUGUUUAGUCUCUGGACAAUAAAGUAGACAAGCUCAGGGCGAGGAUCUCCUUCCAGAGAGACAUCAGGGACUGUAACAUACUCUGUUUCACGGAAUCAUGGCUUUCUCCGGAUAUACUGUCCCCGUCCAUACAGUCAGCUGUGUUCUCAGGACAUCGCGCAGACAGGAAUAAAGAACUCUCCAGGAAGAAGAAAGGCGGUAGUGUAUAUUUUAUGAUUAACUACUCAUGGUGUGAUAGUGAUAACGUACAGAAACUCAAGUGUUUUUUUCACCCGACCUAGAAUACCUCACAAUCAAAUGCCGACCGUAUUACCUCCCAAGUAGCCUCUGAGAAUAACAUUGACAUAUACAUGGACACGGUGACUGAGUUCAUCAGGAAGUGUAUAGGGGAUGUUGUUCCCACUGUGACUAUUAAAACCUACCCAAACCAAAAACCGUGGAUAGAUGGCAGCAUUUGCGCAAAACUGAAAGCGCGAACCACCGCAUUUAACUAUGGCAAGGUGACUGGGAAUAUGUGACCGACCAGCUCGAUUCGGUCUUAUGUAGCAAAAUUCAUAGCGUUUAGAGUGCACACUGGACGCUCUGGCCGAGGAGUAGGGUUGAUCCGAGCGUUCUGACCUAAAAACAGCAGUCAAGCACCCAAGCUAACUGGCUAACGUUGGCUAGCUUGCUAGCUACUUCCAGACACAAAUGAGAGAACACCUCACUCUGACCAUUUUACUCGCCCUAGCAGAGCUGGUUAGGCUGUUCUUAUGUUAUCCAGAGUGUUAGUGACCAUAACUGUGCUGCUGGCAACAAUUUAAUUAUGUUUUUUUGCCAACGUUUACUGACACCGGCCAUAUUCAACGGGUGUUGAGUGUUCGUAAAUUCGUCAGUUAUUCUGUGCUCUGGCACACUCAGACGAGAGCUUCGUCUAUUGACAAUUGUCGCAGUGACAUCAUGAACAUUCUAUUGAAAUGGUUACUUGCAUAGUGGAGUCUUUUGUUUAGACAUUUUGUUUUACCAUGAAUCUGCAGGUAGCUAAGCAACCAGGUUCAAUGUUAGCUAGCUAGCUAACAUUAGGCUAUAACUAGCAAUGCAAAUGGCUCUGAGAUACACAUAAUAUUACUACACAGAUCAUACAACGUUAGCUAGCUCCCUCUUUGUCACGGAUGCCAUGGUUGCCCUUAGUUUGAAGAUGUAAUCCAGAGACAGGUGUUUUAUACAACAGCCUUCUGUGUGUUCUCUUUUUGACUCCCUCUGCAUAUUUCCAAUCAAACGGCAGAAUUUUCUCCAUCUCCUUAGCUAUCAUACUCUAAUUCCACCAGAGAGCAACUCUUUUGCUUUUUGCAGUUCUAUUACGUGAUAUCAUUCAAAAAAGCCGCGUUAGAAAGGAUUACCUAGCCCAUGUUAUAGACAGAAGCGUGCUACAUGGCAGACCAAUCCAAACUCAUCUCUCGGCAUGUCCAGGCCACUCAUUAUCUCAGACAAUCAUGGCUAGCGGGAAGGUUCCUGUCUUUUUUGAUGGCUAAACCGACUAGGCUCGUAAUUUUAACAAUUGUAUUCGUAUUUACAGAUGGCUAACAAGUUUGUUAAAAAAGUUUACAUUUAAAUGGCUCUCCUGUGAAGUAGUGAUGUGUGACAUCAAAUCAAAUCAAAUCAAAUGUUAUUUGUCACAUACACCUGUUUAGUAGAUGUUAUAGCGGGUGUAGCUAAAUGCUUGUGCUUCUAGCUCCGACAGUGCAGUAAUAUCUAACAAGUAAUAUCUAACAAUUUAACAACUUAUACCCAAUACACACAAAUCUAAGUAAGGAAUGGAAUUUAAGAAUAUAUACAUACAGUGGGGAGAACAAGUAUUUGAUACACUGCCGAUUUUGCAGGUUUUCCUACUUACAAAGCAUGUAGAGGUCUGUAAUUUAUGUCAUAGGUACACUUCAACUGUGAGAGAUGGAAUCUAAAACAAAAAUCCAGAAAAUCACAUUGUAUGAUUUUUAAGUAAUUAAUUUGCAUUUUAUUGCAUGACAUAAGUAUUUGAUACAUCAGAAAAGCAGAACUUAAUAUUUGGUACAGAAACCUUUGUUUGCAAUUACAGAGAUCAUACGUUUCCUGUAGGUCUUGACCAGGUUUGCACACACUGCAGCAGGGAUUUUGGCCCACUCCUCCAUACAGACCUUCUCCAGAUCCUUCAGGUUUCGGGGCUGUCGCUGGGCAAUACGGACUUUCAGCUCCCUCCAAAGAUGUUCUAUUGGGUUCAGGUCUGGAGACUGGCUAGGCCACUCCAGGACCUUGAGAUGCUUCUUACAGAGCCACUCCUUAGUUGCCCUGGCUGUGUGUUUCGGGUCGUUGUCAUGCUGGAAGACCCAGCCACGACCCAUCUUCAAUGCUCUUACUGAGGGAAGGAGGUUGUUGGCCAAGAUCUCGCGAUACAUGGCCCCAUCCAUCCUCCCUUCAAUACGGUGCAGUCGUCCUGUCCCCUUUGCAGAAAAGCAUCCCCAAAGAAUGAUGUUUCCACCUCCAUGCUUCACGGUUGGGAUGGUGUUCUUGGGGUUGUACUCAUCCUUCUUCUUCCUCCAAACACGGCGAGUGGAGUUUAGACCAAAAAGCGAUAUUUUUGUCUCAUCAGACCACAUGACCUUCUCCCAUUCCUCCUCUGGAUCAUCCAGAUGGUCAUUGGCAAACUUCAGACGGGCCACUUCUACGUCGGCCACGUAGAACGAGAGCCCACAGUCCUUGGGAGCGGGCCGCGUCGGUAGCACUGUGUUAUCCUCAACGCGGGCGAAGAAGAUGUUUAGCUUGUCCGGGAUGCACAAUUGAGAGCAUCCUGUCGGGCUGUAUCACCGCCUGGUACGGCAACUGCACCGGGGGCAAACUACCCGCCCUCCAGGAUUCCUUCUAGUUCUCUGCUGCCAAUGACUGGAACGAAUUGCAAAAAUCUCUGAAGCUGGAGACUCUUAUCUCCCUCACUAACUUUAAGCAUCAGUUGUCAGAGCACCUUAUCGAUCUCUGCACCUGUACACAGCCCAUCUGAAAUUAGCCCACCCAACUACCUCAUCCCCAUAUUGUUAUUUAUUUUGCUCAUUUGCACCCCAGUAUCUCUAUUUGCACAUCAUCUUUUGCACAUCUAUCAUUCCAGUGUUAAUUACGAAAUUGUAACUAUUUUUGCACUAUGGCCUAUUUAUUUAUUGCCUUACCUCCAUAACUUACUACAUUCGCACACACUGUAUAUAUAUUUUCUGUUGUAUUUUUAACUUUAUGUUUUGUUUACCCCAUAUGUAACUCUGUGUUGUUGUUUUUUAUCGCACUGCUUUGCUGUAUCUUGGCCAGGUCGCAGUUGUAAAUGAGAACUUGUUCUCAACUGGCUUACCUGGUUAAAUAAAGGUUAAAACAAUUUAAAUAAAAAAUAAACCUACAGCACCCGAUGUCACAGGAAGGCCAUAAAGAUCAUCAAGGACAUCAACCACCCGAGCCACAACCUGUUCACCCAGCUAUCAUCCAGAAGGCGAGGUCAGCACAGGUGCAUCAAAGCUGGGACCGAGAGACUGAAAAACAGCUUCUAUCUCAAGGCCAUCAGACUGUUAAAUAGCCAUCACUAGCCGGCUUCCACCCGGUUACUCAAUCCUGCACCUUAGAGGCUGCUGCCCUAUGUACAUAGACAUGGAAUCACUGGUCACUUUAAUAAUGGAACACUAGUCACUUUACUCAUUUCAUAUGCCUUCGGAAAGUAUUCAGAUCCCUUGACUUUUUCCUUAUUUUGCUACCUUACAGCCUUAUUCUAAAAUGGAUUAAAUGUUUUUAAAAAUCCUACACACAAUACCCCAUAAUGAAAAAAACAGGUUUUGAGAAAUGUUUGCAAAUGUAUAAAACAUUUAAAUAAAAAUAAACCUAUUUACAUAAGUAUUCAGACCCUUUGCUAUGAGACUCGAAAUUGAGCUCAGCAGCAUCCUGUUUCCAUUGAUCAUCCUUCAACUUCAUUGGAGUCCACCUGUGGUAAAUUCAAUUGAUUGGACAUGAUUUGGAAAGGCACACACCUGUCUAUAUAAGGUCCCAAAGUUGACAGUGCAGGUCAGAGCAAAAACCAAGCCAUGAGGUUGAAGGAAUUGUCCAUAGAGCUGCGAGAUAGGAUUAUGUCGAGGCACAGAUCUGGGAAGGGUACCAAAAAAUGUCUGCAGCAUUGAAGGUCCCCAAGAACACAGUGGCCUCCAUCAUUCUUAAAUGGAAGAAGUUUGGAACCACCAAGACUUUUCCUAGAGCUGAACAAACUGAACAAUCGGGGGAGAAGGGCCUUGAUAUAAUAAUAUAAUAAUAUAAUAUGCCAUUUAGCAGACGCUUUUAUCCAAAGCGACUUACAGUCAUGCGUGCAUACAUUUUUUGUGUAUGGGUGGUCCCGGGGAUCGAACCCACUACCUUAGCGUUACAAGCGCCGUGCUCUACCAGCUGAGCUACAGAGGACCACUUUGAUCAGGGAGGUGACCAAGAACCCGAUGGUCACUCUGACAAAGCUCCAGAGUUCCUCUGUGGAGAUGGGAGAACCAUCCAGAAGGACAACCCUCUCUGCAGCACUCCGCUAAUCAGGCAUUUAUGGUAGAUUGGCCAGAUGGAAGACACUCCUCAGUAAAAGGUACAUGACAGCCCACUUGGAGUUUGCCAAAAGUCAACUAAAGGAUUCACAGACCAUGAGAAACAAGAUUCUCUGGUCUGAUGAAACCAAGAUUGAACUCUUUGGCCUGAAUGCCAAGCGUCACGUCUGGAGGAAACCUGGCACCAUGUCUACGGUGAAGCAUGGUGGUGGCAGCAUCAUGCUGUGGAGAUUUUUUUCAGCUACAGGGACUGGGAGACUAGUCAAGAUUGAGGGAAAGAUGAACGGAGCAAAGUACAGAGAGAUCCUUGAUCCAGAGCGUUCGGAACUUCAGACUGGGGCGAAAGUUCACCUUCCAACAGGACAACGACCCUAAGCACACAGCCAAGACAACGCAGGAGUGGUUUCAGGACAAGUCUCUGAAUGUCCUUAAGUGACCCAGCCAGAGCCCGGACUUGAACCCGAUCAAACAUCUCUGGAGAGACCUGAAAAUCCCCAUUCAACCUGACAGAGCUUGAGAGGAUCUGCAGAGAAGAAUGGGAGAAACUCCCCAAAUAUAGGUGUACCAAGCUUGUAGCGUCAUACCCAAGAAGACCCGAGGCUGUAAUCGCUGCCAAUGGUGCUUCAACAAAGUGCUGAGUAAAGAGUCUGAAUACUUAUGUAAAUGUGAUUUUCCCGUUUUUUUAUAUCAUUAUGGGGUAUUGUGUGUAGAUUGAUGAGGGAAAAAAACAAUUUAAUCAAUUUUAGAAUAAGGCUGUAACAUAACAAAAUGUGGAAAAAGUCAAGGGGUUUGAAUACUUUCCGAAUGCACUGUAUAUACAAAAUUAUGUGGACACCCCUUCAAAUUAGUGGAUUUGGCUAUUUCAGCCACACCCAUUGUUGACAGGUGUAUAAAAUUGAGCACACCGCCAUGCAAUCUCAAUAGACAAACAUUGGCAGUAGAAUAGCCUUACUGAAGAGCUCAGUGACUUUCAGCGUAGCACCGUCAUAGGAUAACACCUUUCCAACAAGUCAGGUUGUCAAAUUUCUGCCCUGCUAGUGCUGCCCCGGUCAACUGUAAGAGCUGUUAUUGUGAAGUGGAAACAUCUAGGAGAAACAACGGCUCAGCCGCGAAGUGGUAGGCCACACAAGCUCACAGAACGGGACUGCCGAGUGCUGAAGUGCAUAGUGCGUAAAAAUCGUCUGUCCUCGUUCGCAACACUCACUACCGAGUUCCAAAAUGCCUCUGGAAGCAACGGAAGCCCGGUUUGUAGGCCUAAUAUGGUCCUAAAUGAAAGGGAAACAGAUUGCCAUCUGUAGCCUCAUAGACCACUGAAAUCAGUCAAAACUAGCUCAAUAACUCAAUGCAUGCACACAUUCCUAUUGAAUAUGAAUUCACCUGUAUUGUAGGCCUAUGCCAUCUUGAUGUACCCAGUUUAUCAAGAUAUUUACCAUUAAAAUCAAUUCUUACCAUUAUGUUGUUAUGUAGUUAGAUUGUUACAAAGUCAAAUUGAUUGUAUGCUUGUAUAAUUGAUACAUGGCUGUCUCUGGGAAAAUUGAUCAUCAAAAUGUUAACAAUUAAUUAUAUUUAUUAUCGGCAUAAAAUGUCAGCCUUCUUGACCCCCACAAAUCAGCAUUAGCCCUUAUAAACCCAUAUCGGUCAUUCUCUACCUCUGACCCAGAUAUUUCCAGUGCCCGCCCAGGUUUGGACUGUUCGCGCCCAUCCACAAGGUGGUCCGUAUCGGUUUCCCCUCCACCAGCCCGGCCAAGGCCAAGAAGAGCAAGCGCAUGGCCAUGGGGGUGUCGUCGCUGGCCCACAGCCCCAGCAGCUCAUCCAUCAGCUCUGUUAGCUCUGUGGCUUCCUCAGUGGGCGGGCGGCCCAGUCGCACUGGCCUGGUGAGAGAUACACAUGCAUGCAUCGACACAAACACACCAAUGUAUUUCCAUGACUAUAACUGCCAGUCUAAUGGAGUGGUAUCAUUAAUGUAAAGUGCCUUCAGAAAGUAGUCAUACCCCUUGACUUAUUCCAUAUUUUCUUGUGUUACAGCCUGAAUUCUAAAUUGAUUAAAUAUAUGUUUUGCUCUCACCCAUCUACACAUAAUACCAAUAAUGACAAAGUGAAAACAUCUUUUUAGAACUUAUUGCACAUGUUUUGAAAAUGAAAUACAGAAAUAUCUAAUUUACAUAAGAAUUCACACCCCUGAGUCAAUACUUUGUAGAAGCACCUUUGGCAACGAUUACAGCUGUGAGUCUUUCUGGGUAAGUCUCUAAGAGCUUUCCACACCUGGAUUGUGCAACAUUUGCCCAUUGUUAUUUUCAAAAUUCAUCAAGCUCUGCCAAAUUGGUUGUUGAUCAUUGCUAGAUGACUAUUUUCAGGUCUUGCCAUAGAUUUUCAAGUAGAUUUAAGUCAAAACUGUAACUCGGCCACUCAGGAACAUUCACUGUCUUCUUGGUAAGCAACUCCAGUGUAGAUUUGGCCUUGUGUUUUAGGUGAUUGUCCUGCUGAAAGGUGAAUUCAUCUCGCAGCGUCUGGUGGAAAGCAGACUGAACCAGGUUUUCCUCUAUGAUUUUGAAUGUGCUUAGCUCCAUUCCGUUUCUUUUUUAUCCUGAAUAACUCCCCAGUCCUUAACGAUUACAAGCAUACCCAUAACAUGAUGCAGCCACCACUACGCUUGAACAUAUGUAGAGUGGUACUCAGUAAUGUGUUGUAUUGGAUUUGGUCCAAACAUAACACUUUGUAUUCAGGACAAAAAGUUAAUUGCUUUGCCACAUUUUUUGCAGUAUUACUUUAGUGCCUUGUUGCAAACAGGACGCACAUUUUGGAAUAUUCUGUACAGGGUUUCUUCUUUUCACUAUCAAUUAGGUUAGUAUUGUGGAGUAAAUACAAUGUUGUUGAUCCAUCCUCAGUUUUCUCCUAUUACAGCCAGUGCUGCAUCUGCAGCUAAGCAGGGUUGGUCCUGGUUGGUCCUUGGAUGGGAGACCUGAUGCUGCUGGUAGUGGUUAUGGAAGGCCAGUAGGAGGCACUCUUUUUUCUGGUCUAAAACAAUAUCCCAAUGCCCCAGGGCAGUGAUUGGGGACAUUGCCCUGUGUAGUGUGCCGUCUUUCGGGUUGGGAUGUUAAACGGGUAUCCUGACUCUCUGUGGUCCCAUGGCACUUAUCGUAAGAGUAGGGUUGUUAACCCCAGUGUCCUGGCUAAAUUCCCAAUCUGGCCCUCAUACCAUCAUGGCCACCUAAUCAUCCUCAGCUUCCAAUUGGCUCAUUCAUCCCCCUCCUCUCCCUUGUAACUAUUCCCCAGGUCGUUGCUGUAAAUGAGAAUGUGUUCUCAGUCAACUUACCUGGUAAAAUAAGGGUAAAAGAAAAUAAAGUAAAAGAAAACUCUACAACUGUUUUAAAGUCACCAUUGGCCUCAUGGUGAAAUCCCUGAGCGGUUUCCUUCCUCCAUGGCAACUGAGUAAGGAAGGACGCCUGUAUCUUUGUAGUGACUGGGUGUAUUGAUACACCAUCCAAAGUGUAAUUGAUAACUUCACCAUGCUCAAAGGGAUAUUCAAUGACUGCUUUUUUAUUUUUACCCAUCUACCAAUAGGUGCCCUUCUUUGCGAGGCAUUGGAAAACCUCCCUGGUCUUUGUGGUUGAAUCUGUGUUUGAAAUUCACUGCUCGACUGAGGGACCUUACAGAUAAUUGUAUGUGUGGGGUACAGAGAUGAGGUAGUCAUUCAAAAAUCAUGUUAAACUCUAUUAUUGCACAUAAGUCCAUGCAACUUAUUAUGUGACUUGUUAAGCAAAUGUUUUCUCCUGAACUUAUUUAGGGUCUAAAAACAUAAUUCCACUUUGACAUUAUGGGGUAUUGUGUGUAGGCCAGUGACAGAAAAUCUCAAUUUAAUCAAUUUUAAACUCAGGCUGUAACACAACAAAAUGUGUGAAUACUUUCUGAAGGCACGGUAAAUAAACCCCGGAUUGCUGAUGCUAUGAGGCCGCCAAUGACAGGCUUUAAAGCCACCGGUCAGCCAUAUUGGCACUCCUCAGAAGAAGCAGUCCUCCAUAGAGUACCACAGUAUGAGUCAUAAUACCCAUAAAACCGAGCGGUCAAACAGGGAAAUGGUUCCAAUCAUUUUUCCACCAUUAAUUUUUCCCAUAGGGGAUUUUAGAAACAUUUAAAAUAAGGGCUAUGUUUCAUGUAGGCUUAUCCUGGCAUGAUGUUUUGAUAACCGUGUAAAUCUCUCCAGGACAAGGUGACUUAUCAAUAUAUUCGCCUGUAUUUACCCCCCAAAAAUGAAAUGCUAAUGCAGCUAUCAUAAAGAACUACGAAUGCUAUGAUGAUCUGGAUGAGACUGCCGAAUCGAGGCAAGGUAAGAAUCUCUGGAUUAACUAUCUAAUGUUAGCUAAAUGUAGUAAUUAAUAAAUUGGCUACAUUUCUUUAUUAGGAGAAUUCUGUGAACUGUCUUGUGCAAGUUUUAAAUUGACACAAUACCUGUUAGCAAAGGUGUCAGCUAGAGAUGACGUGCAGGAGCUUGCAGGGAUUUUUAGAUUUGCAUGAUGUCUACUUUGAUGCUAAUUAGCAUUUUCGAAUCUAAGAGUUAAUAGAGCCAAAUAUAUUGAUAAAAGUCACCUUGUCCGAGAGAGAUUUACAUGGUUAUCAAAACGUCACGCCAGGGUAAGUGUUUCUAAAAUCCCCUAUGGGAAAUUUCCCUGUUUAACCGCUUGGUUUUAUGGGUAUUAUGAAACCUCCACUGUGGGGCUCUAUAGGAACUAAAAUAAUUCUACAGUGUUUCAAUUAAAUGUUUUGAGGACAAAAUUACAUGUAUUUAAGUAUUGUUUUGUUGUACUGGGGACAGUAACAUUAGCACUUUCCUAAAUAUUUGUAUAUAUUCUUUAAUUAUAAUUUUAAUUUUGAUUAGCUCACAUAAUAUAAUUUAAAAGUAUGCAUUAAGGUGUUUGUAAUAUAGUAAACGUGGCAAAAACAAAUGUAGACAGUAAUAAAUGCAUUUCUAUAGUAUACAAAAUAUUUUUUACACCUAUGUUAGUCAUUUUAUUUUAUUAAUUUUUUAUUUCACCUUUAUUUAACUAGGAAAGCCAGUUGAGAACAAGUUCUCAUUUACAACUGUGAUCUGGCCAAGAUAAAGCAAAGCAGUGCGAUAAAAACAACAACAACUCAGAGUUACAUAUGGAAUAAACAAAACGUACGGUCAAUAACACAAUAGAAAAUCUAUGUACAGUGUGUGCAAAUGUAGUAAGUUAUGGAGGUAAGGCAAUAAAUAGGCCAUAGUGCAAAAUAAUUACAAUUUAGUAUUAACACUGGAAUGAUAGAUGUGCAGAAGAUGAUGUGCAAAUAGAGAUACUGGGGUGCAAAUUAGCAAAAUAAAUAACAAUGUAAAUAACAAUAUGGGGAUGAGGUAGUUGGGUGGGCUAAUUACAGAUGGGCUGUGUACAUGUCACGUUCGUCGAAGGAGGAGGACCAAGGCGCAGCGUGAUAUUCGUACAUACUUAUUUUAUUAAGUGCACACACUAAACAAAACAACAAACGAUAACGUGACGUCCUAGGUCUAACACAACCAACACGGAACAAGAUCCCACAACUACUGUGGGAAAACAGCCUGUCUAAAUGUGGUUCCCAAUCAGAGACAACCAGCAACAGCUGACACUCGUUGCCUCUGAUUGAGAACCACUCUGGCCAACAUAGAAAUACAACAACUAGAAUCUACAACACAGAACACAAACACAUAGAAUCUACACACCCUGGCUCAACAUAUAGAGUCCCCAGAGCCAGGGUGUGACAGUACCCCCCCCCCAAAGGCGCGGACUGCGACCGCGCCUAAACAUAAACCAAACAGGGGAGGGCUGGGUGGGCAUUCCUCCUCGGAGGCGGUUCCGGCUCCGGGCUUGACCACCACCCUCCAACAAUCCCCCCGUAGCGCCCCUGGUCCGGUCUGGCCCCGCUGGCUGGAGCUGGACUGGACAUCGUAGGAGCGGAUUGCUUAGGCUCCGGUGUGGAGCAGCUGACCGGUACCUGACCAGGCACCGGUGACCCAGGCACGGGUUGUGCCGGACUGACGACGCGCACCCCUGGCUUGGUGCGUGGAGCAGGAACGGGCCGGACCGGGCUGACGAUGCGCACCCCUGGCUUGGUGCGUGGAGCAGGAACGGGCCGGACCGGGCUGACGAUGCGCACCCCUGGCUUGGUGCGGGGAGCAGGAACAGGCCGGGCCGGACUGGCGACGCGCACCAUUGGCUUGGUGCGGGGAGCAGGAACAGGCCGGCCGGGCUGGCGACGCGCACCAUUGGCUUGGUGCGAGGGACAGGAACAGGCCGGGCCGGGCUGGCGACGCGCACCAUUAGCUUGGUGCGGGGAGCAGGAACAGGCCGGGCCGGGCUGGCGACGCGCACCAUUGGGUUGGUGCGGGGAGCAGGAACAGGCCGGGCCGGGCUGGCGACGCGCACCAUUGGCUUGGUGCGAGGGGCAGGAACAGGCCGGGCCGGGCUGGCGACGCGCACCAUUGGCUUGGUGCGGGGAGCAGGAACAGGCCGGGCCGGGCUGGCGACGCGCACCAUUGGCUUGGUGCGAGGGGCAGGAACAGGCCGGGCCGGGCUGGCGACGCGCACCAUUAGCUUGGUGCGGGGAGCAGGAACAGGCCGGGCCGGGCUGGCGAUGCGCACCGUAGGCUUGGUGCGAGGGGCAGGAACAGGCCGGGCCGGGCUGGCAACGCGCACCAUUGGCUUGGUGCGGGGAGCAGGAACAGGCCGGGCCGGGCUGGCGACGCGCACCGUAGGCUUGGUGCGAGGGGCAGGAACAGGCCGGGCCGGGCUGGCGACGCGCACCAUUGGCUUGGUGCGGGGAGCAGGAACAGGCCGGGCCGGGCUGGCGACGCGCACCAUUGGCUUGGUGCGGGGAGCAGGAACAGGCCGGGCCGGGCUGGCGACGCGCACCAUUAGCUUGGUGCGGGGAGCAGGAACAGGCCGGGCCGGGCUGGCGACGCGCACCGUUGGCUUGGUGCGGGGAGCAGGAACAGGCCGGGCCGGGCUGGCGACGCGCACCGUAGGCUUGGUGCGAGGGGCAGGAACAGGCCGGGCCGGGCUGGCGACGCGCACCGUAGGCUUGGUGCGAGGGGCAGGAACAGGCCGGGCCGGGCUGGCGACGCGCACCGUAGGCUUGGUGCGAGGGACAGGAACAGGCCGGACCGUACUGGGAACACACACCACUGGCCUUAAACGGGGAUCAGGAACGGGCCGGACCGGACUGGCAAUACACCUCAGUACCUCUCGCCGUGCCUCUACAUCUUCCUUCCCUUUUCUCACCAAUGGCUCCCGUAACCCGGUGGCCUUCUCCUCGUCCACGAACUCGCCCCUUCUCUGCCUCCAGCAGCCCUGUCGUCCAUGCCAUGUGCCCCCCCCUAAACAUUUUUUGGGGGUGCCUCUCGCCUGUCCGACCACGGCCCGGUUGGCGCCGCUUCUCCUCUCCUGCCUGGGUCUCCCCCUUCAUAGCCCUCCGGCAACGGACGGCCUCCUCCUCCGUAAUCUGCCCCCAACCGAGGAGGACAUCUACUAAAGUUACCUCCUGCGUGUGCUCCUGGACACGCUGCUUGGUCCUGGUGUGGUGGGAUCUUCUGUCACGUUCGUCGAAGGAGUAAGACCAAGGCGCAGCGUGAUAUUCGUACAUACUUAUUUUAUUAAGUGCACACAAUAAACAAAACAACAAACGAUAACGUGACGUCCUAGGUCUAACACAACCAACACGGAACAAGAUCCCACAACUACUGUGGGAAAACAGCCUGUCUAAAUGUGGUUCCCAAUCAGAGACAACCAGCAACAGCUGACACUCGUUGCCUCUGAUUGAGAACCACUCUGGCCAACAUAGAAAUACAACAACUAGAAUCUACAACACAGAACACAAACACAUAUAAUCUACACACCCUGGCUCAACAUAUAGAGUCCCCAGAGCCAGGGUGUGACAGUACAGGUGCAGUGAUCGGUAAGCUGCUGACAACUGAUGCUUAAAGAUAGUGAGGGAGAUAAGUGUCUCCAGCUUCAGAGAUUUUUGCAGUUCAUUCCAGUCAUUUGCAGCAGAGAACUGGAAGGAAUGGCGGCCAAAGGAGGUGUUGGCUUUGGGGAUGACCAGUGAGAUAUACCUGCUGGAGCGCAUACUACGGGUGGGUGUUGCUAUGGUGACCAAUGAGCUAAGAUAAGGCGGGGAUUUCCCUAGAAGUGAUUUAUAGAUGACCUGGAGCCAGUGGGUUUGGCGACGAAUAUGUAGUGAGGGCCAGCCAACGAGAGCGUACAGGUCACAAUGGUGGGUAGUAUAUGGGGCUUUGGUGACAAAACGGAUGGCACUGUGAUAGACUACAUCCAAUUUGCUGAGUAGAGUGCUGGAAGCUAUUUUGUAAAUGACAUCGCCAAAGUCAAGGAUCGGUAGGAUAGUCAGUUUUACGAGGGCAUGUUUGGCAGCAUGAGUGAAGGAGGCUUUGUUGUGAAAUAGGAAGCCGAUUCUAGAUUUAACUUUGGAUUGGAGAUGCUUAAUGUGAGUCUGGAAGGAGAGUUUACGGUCUAACCAGACACCUAGGUAUUUGUAGUUGUCCACAUAUUCUAAGUCAGACCCGCCGAGAUUAGUGAUUCUAGUCGGGCGGGCGGGUGCAAGCAGCGUUCGAUUGAAGAGCAUGCAUUUAGUUUUACUAGCGUUUAAGAGCAGUUGGAGGCCACGGAAGGAGUGUUGUAUGGCAUUGAAGCUCGUUUGGAGGUUUGUUAACACAGUGUCCAAUGAAGGGCCAGAUGUAUACAAAAUGGUGUCGUCUAUGUAGAGGUGGAUCUGAGAGUCACCAGCAGCAAGAGCGACAUCAUUGAUAUACACAGAGAAUAGAGUCUGUCCGAGAAUUGAACCCUGUGGCACCCCCAUAGAGACUGUCAGAUGUCCUCUCUUAAUCUCAUCUAGUGUAUAUAUAAAUCAUUGAGUGGUAUGCACACACCAAUUAAAAACUGUCCCAGGUGCUGGAUCAGAGAAGACAGCGUUAAACAAAAAGUAAAUCUGUACACUGCUAAAAUGCUCCCAAAGUGUUUAACUGCAUUAUACACAUUUUUGUCAGAAAUCUGACAAGACACAAACAGACUGAAAUAUGAGACUGAGACAAAGACAGAGAGCAAGAGAUGGAGAGAGAAAGAGACAUGAGACAGAGGAUGAGAGAGAUUAAGAGAUGGCAGAGAGGAGACAAAGAAGACAUGCAAUACAUGAGACAGGACACAAACACUGCAUUUGGCACCAGAGAAAAUCACACACGAACACAUUAGCGACACAUUACAUAGAAUAGUUAGAACACGUUGGAGACACAAUUAGCGAUUAUCAUAGCACAUAAAUAUGCAAUCUUUUUUGUUGUUGUUGAUAGUAUUGAUAUAUUAUCAGUAUCGAUGGAAAUGCCUGUCUGUGUAUGUCACCCCUCCCCCUCUUAUCAGACAGUCAGGUGACAUAUUUGGAAGAUGUAGCACAUUAGGUUAAUUAACCUCAGCCAGCAUUAGGACGGCCUAAUUAUCAUGCUCUGGCAAUCAGGCGGCCAUCGUAGUGCUGGCCGUAGUGCUAACAUACAGACAUACACACCCAGAAAACAUGACCCCAUUGUCCCCAUGUGGGUAUUCGGUGGCCAAGGUGAGCACGGGCUAGCCCACACCAGCCCAACACAGGCUAGCCCACACCAAGCCCAACACAGGCUAGCCCACACCAGGCCGACAUGGGCCAGCCCACACCAAGCCCGACACGGGCCAGCCCACACCAGGCCGACAUGGGCCAGCCCACACCAAGGCUGACAUGGGCCAGCCCACACCAAGCCCAAUUGGGGCGAGCCCACACCAAGCCCAGCACCGUCUAGCCCACACCAAGCCCACCUAGAGGCGGGGGCUCAUUAGAAGGCGUAGUUUGCACCCAGUUCUUUUUGUGCAACCGUGCAACCGUGCAUAUUGUCAUCAAACGGUCUGCUGUAGUCACACUGUCACUAGGCCUCUUGUUGCCUCAGGUGUGUGUGUGUGUGUGUGUGUGUGUGUGAGCGCACCUGGGUGACCCAGUUUAACUCUACUAUUUUCAUCACAAUCCAGAUCUGUUCAAAUCAGGCCAGAGGUAGGCAGUUUUGGUUUGAGGGCCAUAUCGGGACUUACAAAUUCAACAGUGGGCGUCACAGAUUUUCUAGACUUUGUUAGUCAAAAGUAAUUUUCGGGUCAGAAAAAAAUAUGUAUUAUCAUGUGUAAUGCUGUAAUACUUUCUAUCUAGUUUAAGACCUUCAAGUGUUAAUUUAUAUCGUUUUUAUCCAAAAUAAUCAUGUAAUUAAAAAAUAUAUAUAUAUAAAAAAGGAAUCCACCACAUCCACAGCACCCACCAUUUUAGCAGCGCUUGGGCCGGAUCCGGCACGGGGUCGUAUGUUGCCCACCGUUGGUCUAGGCCUGUUGUUCAGAUGUCUGAAUUUAUAUCCGGUAUAUACACUGUAUAUACAAAAAUAUGUGGACACCACUUCAAAUGAGUAGAUUCUGCUAUUUCAGCCACACCCGUUGCUGACAGGUGUAUAAAGUCGAGCACACAGCCAUGCAAUCUCCAUAGACAAACAUUGGCAGUAGAAUGGCCUUACUGAAGAGCUCAGUGACUUCUGACGUGGCACCGUCAUAGGAUGCCACCUUUCCAACAAGUCAGUUUUUCAUAUUCCUGCCCUGCUAGAGCUGCCCCGGUCAACUGUAAGCACUGUUAUUGUGAAGUGGAAACGUCUAGGAGCAACAACGGCUCAGCCGCGAAGUGGUAGGCCACACAAGCUCACAGAACGGGACUGCCGAGUGCUGAAGCGCAUAGCGUGUAAAAACCAUCUGUCUUGGUUGCAAACUCUCUCUGGAAGCAACGCCAGCACAAUAACUGUUCGUCGGGAGCUUCAUGAAAUGGUUUUCCAUGAUCGAGCUGCCGCACACAAGCCUAAGAUCACCAUGCGCAAUGCCAAGUGUCGGCUGGAGUGGUGUAAAGCUCGCCGCCAUUGGACUCUGGAGUGAUGAAUCACGCUUCACCAUCUGGCAGUCCGACGGACGAAUCUGGAUUUGGCGGAUGCAAGGAGAACGCUAUCUGCCUGAAUGCAUAGUGCCAACUGUAAAGUUUGGUGGAGGAGGAAUAAUGGUCUGGGGCUGUAUUUCAUGGUUCGGGCUAGGCCGCUUAGUUCCAGUGAAGGGAAAUCUUAACGCUACAGCAUACAAUGACAUUCUAGAAGAUUCUGUGCUUCCAACUUUGUUAUUUCAGCAUGACAAUGCUAUUUAGUUUGCCCCUAAAAAAAAAUGUCUAAUGCUCCUAGACAAAUGUCCUCAACCUGAAUGAAAUAAUAAUAAUUCAAAUAUCAUGAAAGCCCUGAUCCAUGAAGCAUAGAAAUAACUUAUAAGAUCUGGUAAUGCCAGCCUUCCAUUUCCUUGCAUUUUUAACUUGAGUAUGUAUUCAUUUUUUUAUGUGUAAUGCUGAAAGACACAUUUCUUCUAAUCUUAUUUGUUUCUCACACCUCUUUCCCCCACUCACCCACCCACCCCUCCCCCUCUCUCUCUCUUCUCCCUCUCUCCCCUACCCAACCUCCCCUCCCCCUCCAUAGCUCACAGAGACGUCGUCACGCUAUGCCCGCAAGAUCUCAGGCACCACUGCGCUGCAGGAGGCACUAAAAGAGAAACAGCAGCACAUCGAGCAGCUUCUGGCCGAGAGGGACCUGGAGCGGGCCGAGGUGGCCAAAGCCACCAGCCACAUCUGCGAGGUGGAGAAGGAGCUUAGUGCCCUCAAGGCCCAGCAGCUGCAGGUAGGCAGUAACCUGAGUGGCAGUCUGUUUUUGUUAUCAUGCCAUGAAAUUGCGAGUCCUCUUUUUGUACUGCGUUGAUGGUCAGUUUUAUACGAUAAUAUUGCGAUGAUUUGACUGUUUUAUUGGUCAGAUUGGUCAAAUAUUGGUCAGAUUGGUCAAAUUCACAAGCUCUCAUGUUAUAUGCGCGAAUAGUUGAUUUUGUAAAAUAAAUAUUAUAUUGCAGAACCCUGGAGGGACUGGCUUACUAGACUCAUAGCGGUACUAACCUGUAAAUAAACCAUCUCUAAUGUGCUCUGGUUUGCCUGGAGAUGUGCAUCGUUCAUAAACAAAUCAGUCAGCUACUUCUGACGAAUCAUGAUCUCAUGGAGGCUGAGCCUCAAAUUCAUAUAGCAAUUCAAAGCGGAAUGUUAUCUCCCAUGGAGUCUCUUUGCUAGACAAGGUGCACGCUAGUUUUUGCAUUGCUCGGUGCCCUGUGUGGAUGGAGAUUUCACUUACGGACCAAUGGAAUAGGCUACAAUAUGCAAACUCCGCCCACCCAGGGCACCGGCGAUGCAAAACUAAAGCAAGUUCAGUGCUCUCAACCAAUCAGAUGACAGCGUUUAUAGCGGAAACAGAGAGGGUCUUGGCCUUUGGCUAACCAUACCUAAGUGUAUGUCUCCCACCAUGCUGUGUCAAAGGCACAGGGCUAGGAAAUAAGCUAGCAUUUAUUUCACUAGAAAGUUGCUAAAUGAUUUUAUAUUUUUACAUAGAGAGAAGUGCAAGACAGUGGCAAUGGCAAAGCAUUAAAUAGCAUGCCAGACAAAGCUUCUCUUGUGCAUUCUUCACGAAAACAAUAAAACAGUGAUUACUGUGUGAAACAGGAAGAAAUUCAGCUAGAUUCAAACACUCUCUCAGAGCACUGGAAGAAUGUUGUUUUGCCUCACAGGGAAACUUCCAGAUUUCAGCUUUGAUUGGAUUGAGCUGAUUAACUUAUUUUGAAGGAUAGUAUUUGGCUUAUUGGUUUAUUCAGAUCCCCAUUAGAUGUUACAUUAGCAGGGUUGGGUAGGUUACUUUCUAAAUGUAAUCCGUUAGUUACUAGUUACCUGUCCAAAGAUGUCAUCAGUAAUGUAACUUUUGGAUUACACAAACUCAGUAACGUAAUCUGAUUGUGAUCCACCUCAAUCAACCAAGUUUUUAGUGGUAUGAAAUCUGAUAGCUUAUAAUGAGGCAAAUAGCAGUACUUUUGCUGUUAGUUUUAAUCUGUUUUUUUGUGAAACGCACCAAACUAGCUGUCGACCUGAUCCUCAAUGGAUACGGCGAGCCGCAACCGCGGAUAUCAUACACAAGAGAUGUCUUGCUUAAUCGCCGACCCCUUUGCUGUAAAUUUAUGCUACAAUGGAAUCUAAAGGCAUCUAAAGCAAGGAAACGUGGCAGUAGAGGAGAAAUUUGAAAUCGGAUGAAAAAAACAUCCCUUCAGAACAUCUCUUCCAUCUAUUGUGCAUGGCAAUGUUCAAAGCGUAAGGAAUAAGACUGACGAGCUACAGGCUUGUACCCAAUACCUUUCAGAGUACCUUUCAAUCCUGCCUGAUCUGUCUCUCUGAGACCUGGCUUAUAGAACAGGACCCUGACUCCACUGUGGAGCUGGAUGGCUACGCAAUCAUUAGAAUGGACCGAAACAUCAACUCUGGUAAGCAGAAAGGUGAAGGAGUUUGUGCGUUCAUCAAAGAGAAAUACUGCAAUCCAGCCCAUAUCACAACGAAGCACCAGGUCUGUACUAAAGACAUUGAACUCCUUGCUCUUAACCUACGGCCAUACUACCUGCCACAGGAAAUAAAUCAGGUUUGACUGUUUAUUGUUUACAUAGCCCCAUCCACUGACACCUAAACAGCUGCCAACAUGAUCUAUUUUUUUAUUAAUUUUUAUUUCACCUUUAUUUAACCAGGUAAACCAGUUGAGAACAGGUUCUCAUUUACAACUGCGACCUGGCCAAGAUAAAGCAAAGCAGUGCAAUAAAAACAACACAGAGUUACAUAUGGGGUAAAAAAACAGAUUUUUGCAAUUCGUUCCAGUCAUUGGCAGCAGAGAACUGGAAGGAAUGGCGGCCAAAGGAGGUGUUGGCUUUGGGAAUGACCAGUGAGAUAUACCUGCUGGAGCGCAGACUACGGGUGGGUGCUGCUAUGGUGACCAAUGAGCUAAGAUAAGGCGGGGAUUUGCCUAGCAGUGAUUUAUAGAUGGCCUGGAGCCAGUGGGUUUGACGACGAACAUGUAGUGAGGACCAGCCAACAAGAGCGUACAGGUCACAGUGGUGGGUAGUGUAUGGGGCUUUGGAGACAAAACGGAUGGCACUGUGAUAGACUACAUCCAAUUUGCUGAGUAGAGUGUUGGAGGCUAUUUUGUAAAUGACAUCGCCGAAGUCAAGGAUCGGUAGGAUAGUCAGUUUUACGAGGGCAUGUUUGGCAGCAUGAGUGAAGGAGGCUUUGUUGCGAAAUAGGAAGCCGAUUCUAGAUUUAACUUUGGAUUGGAGAUUCUUUAUGUGAGUCUGGAAGUUGAGUUUACAGUCUAACCAGACACCUAGGUAUGACCUUGUAUCCCAGGCUGAGACAGUCACCUGAAGCAGUAAAGCUGAUCAUGGCAGACUUUAACAUGUGCAGUCUAUCUGAACAUUUACCAUCAUACCAGCAAUGUUACAUGUCCUAUCCAAAAUGAAGCCUGUCUGGACCUUUGUUAUGGUAACAUCCCAGGUGAAGCCUAUCUGGACCUCUGUUAUGGGAACCUCCCAGGUGCGUAUUCCUCCAAGGCACUACCCAAUCUCCGGGGUUCGGACCAUAACAUGGUUCAGCUCAUCCCAGUUUACAAACCGCGACUGCAGCGAGAGAAGGUUAAAAAGGUGAAGCUACUGAAGCCCUCCAGGAAUGUUUCGAGUCCACUGACUGGGCGGCCGUGACGGACAGCUCCGACGACCUGAAAGAGGCAGCGGAUACUGUCUCAUAGUACAUCUGUUUCUGUGAGGAUCUCGUUAUUUCCAAAAAGAAACAUCUUCCCCAAUAAUAAACCAUGGGUGACUUGGGAAUUUAAAGAGCUCCUCAACCAGAAAAAACAAGUGUUUAAAUCAGGUGGCAGUAAAGAGGAAAGGACAAAUAUUCAGAGGACACUCAAAAGCAAGAUCAAGGAGUGCAAGGCAGCCUACAAAGACAAAUUAGACAACUUUUUUAAGGACAAUGACAGUAGGAAUGCCUGGAAAGGGCUACAAACCAUCACAGGUUACAAACCAAAGAGACAUUGCAUGACUGUCGAUAAUGACCUUGUCUUUGCAAAUGUUUUGAACAUUUUCUAUUGAAGGUUUGACAUGGGUGAUUUUACAUCGCAGCAGAAAGUGGCCAUGGACAGUAUAGAGAGCAUACCAGCUGUUGAUAUACAAAUCCCUGUGAAUGACAUCAAGCAACACUUUCAACGUGUCAACCCACAAAAAUCAUAUGGUCGAGACAGCGUCGGCAGCAAGGCACUCUGGGAAUGCUUGAAUGAACUUCAGUAGCGUGUUCAAUACCAUCCAACCCCACCUACUGGUGGACAAGCUGGUGAAUUUGGGUGUCAACUCUAUACUGAUCAAGCGGAUCAACAGUUUCCUUGUGAACCAUACCCAACAAGUGAAGUUUAACUCUGCAGUUUACUCUGUUGUGGGUUUUCUCCACCCAGACCAGGCCUUUCUUGAAGGUUUUGACAGAGAAACUGCAAAAUUCAUCCAGUGGUGCGCAGAUAACCUUCUUGAAAUAAACGUUAAGAAAACAAAAGAGAUGGAAAUAUAUAUUUUUUUUUUUACUACGAAGCUCAAUGGGGAAUCAGUCGAUAGAUAAAUAUCUGGGAAUUGAAAUAGACAAUAAAUUGAAAUACAAUGACUGUAUCCUUGCAAAGACAAAGAAACUGCAACAUAGAAUUUUUAUUUUUAAUGCAAACUGAACCAUUUCAAUGUUGAUUGCCAUAUCCUACAAAUGUUUUAUAAAUCUGUCCUGCAGAGUGUGCUGUCCUUUGGUCUGAUAUGCGUGUUUAGAAACAUACAAGCGCAAGACCAAGUCAAGCUUCAGCGCUUUAUCAAGACGGCGGGAAGGAUAAUUGGUAUAGACCAAUAAUCAGCCACCAGCCUUUACACAAAACCUAUCCUCCAAAAACUUGAAAGCAUUUUACAUGACAGUACCUAUUCCCUUCACUCAAAACUCAGUCACGGCAGCCGGAAAAUGUGGAAAGAGACUUCUUUAAAAGAAGAUCAGAACGGAUAGAUAUGAUAGAUAUUUGAUUCCAAUGGCCAUUAGGCUGUACAAUGGAUAGUCUAUUGGUCCCGGGAGUCUACAGCAUAUUGCACUUUCACUGUAAAUAUGUAGGCUAUUGCACUUUCAAAUGAAUUUUAUUUUGAAUUGUUCUGUUUUUAUGUUUUAUGUACCGUCUUUUUAAGCACACAAGCAAAUGAAUAAUAAAGAUAAUAAAGAUUAUAUGAAUCUGAAUUUAAACUUUUAGAUUACUUUCCCCUUAAGAGGCACAGGUUAGCGUUUUUCAUCAUAAAUCUUGCCCUGGAGGCAGCUCUGCAGAGUGGUCACUAGCUGGCACAGUCACAAAGUCAUAACAACAUAAGAUUAAACCUAACCUUAACCCUAACCAUACUGAUAACCCUAAGGCCUAACCCUAACCUUAAAUUAAGACCAAAAAGCAAAUGUUUGUUUUAAUAAAUUUUUACAAUAUAUCCAAUUUUGCAGCUGGCCCAUCUAGUGGAAAUCACUCAGUUCUGCCUCAAGAACAAGACUCAUCCUAAUCAAUGUCAACCUGCUUAAUAAGAGGCAUUAGAAAAAGCCAAAAAUGAAUAUAACCAAUUGAAUGACAUAUUGCAGGAUAAAUCAAUGUUAGAGUUUACAUAGCUGGCCAUAAAUGGAUGUUGCAUUUUACUUUAUGGGUUGGUUAUGCAGGCUUCAUCUAACCCAUCGCUUUCUACUACAGAUAAUAAUAUGAUUAGGCUAUAUCUUUACAUUUGUUUUUUUAACAGUGUCAGAUUGCCAGUCAUUCCAAUUAAUUUAAUACCCCUUGAGCUUCAAGAGUAGGACUUGGAAAUAUAGAUUAGCCAACUUGUUUUACCUGAACAUAACCCCAAAACUAAGGACUAGCCUACUCUGUUACUACUCUGUUGUUUAUGAUUUUGUUGUCAUGGAGGACUAAUUGGGCUCAUUGCUUCGAGUUGAAAAGUAAAUGCUGCUCUCGGAAUUGCAUGCUUUGAGCACUACCGAAAAGUGCUAUUUGCAUGUGAAAAAUGUGCCAUAUGCCGCAUUUGUUAUAGGCCUAUUGUUGACGUUUUUGUUGGUGACACUUUGAUAUCUCGAUAAUUUGCAGCUGUUUAAGUCUGUCAAAAGUGUGCGAGUUUGGGCAUGUGUCCGUUAGGCCUACAGCUUUUGUUGUUGAAUCAGCACGAAUUAGAUUGAGCAAUAAAAGCGCCAGUGGUGGUCUUCUUAAAUUAAACUUGUUUUUGACAUUUUGGAGUACAAUACCAUGGGGGAGUUUUUAUUCCAUAUGCUGGGAUCCACACUCUGCAGCUGUUGCAAGAGCUCAUAUUUCACUGGCUGUCCACUGGGGGCGUAUUCAUUACGCUGUUUCUGUUGCAAAAUGUUUCUUAAACGGAAUCAAGCGGAAUGAAACGGGGAGGGACCUACCUGAAUUUGUCCAACAGAAACUAUUGUUUUGCUCUGUUUGCUUCUGUUUGGUUAAGCGAUAAACGGUUUCCGUAAUGAAUACACCACUGGUCGCAAAAAUAAUGAUUGAUAGGCAGCUUUAACUUCUUCAAUUCAACCAUUAUUGGGUUAAAAUACACAUAAGCCUAUAGGCCUACAUUUGUGAACAGCCAUCCACAACAACCACAAUUUGUAAGGAGUAAAUAUCUAAAUGAUAGAGCAGCACUGUGAUUCACAUCAACGCGCUAUGUAGCCUAGCUAUGUAUCGCCCGUAGGCUAUACCACUGUUGUCGUCAUUACCUCCAAGUGUUUAUUCAAGUUGGAUAAUCGUUGGAUACCGACAGCAGUUGCACCAUUGGAAGACUGCUUGAACUGUAGCAUAUACAAAAGCCUAUUCCUUCUCUUUUCCCGCGAUUCAUCAAAUGCAUUUGGUGUGUCAUCAUAGUGGUCUCUGACUUGUGGUCAGACUUACUCAGUCUGAACAAACUUAAACUUGCACCUUUUUUCAAUGCUGAUUUGAAUGCCAUUGAGAAAACAGAAAGGUGUCAAAUAAUCUUUUCGCAAACAUCCUUUCUGAAUUUAAAAGUAUUCCUAGAAAUAAUCAUCUAGUUUUUCUAAUUACAAUAUUUUUGCUGGUAACGGAUUACAGUUACAGUUUUUUGCAAUUCGUUACAUGUAAUCGGUUACUCCCAAACCCUGUACAUUAGCAACAAUAGCUACUCUUCGCAGGGGCCACUGCAUGUUGAGCCUGGUUCCAGAAUAGUUUGAGCUGCUGUGACAAUGGCCAUAGGAGUUGGCAGCACACUACAAAGAUAUCUGGGACCAGCAGAUGUUGUUUUAUGAUGUAUAUUGGCCCGAGAUAGAUGAUUUGUUUGUGUUUGGUUUUGUUCAGAAUAUGUGAUGAUCAGUGUUGGGGGUAAAGCAUUACAAAAGUAAUGCGUUACGUAAUGAGAUUCCUUUUAUGAGUAACAAAGUAAAGUAAUGCGUUAAUGUUUCUAAAACAAUAAAUGUAUAACUAGUAAGAAGUAAUGUGGUAUAUUGUUUCAUUUCAAUAAUUAACCAAAAUAUCACAGAGACAAACAUUUUUACAGGGCCGGAGGUUACUGUGGUAAGGCAACUUGAGUCAUGUUUGUGCCUGUGAGAUUGAGAGAGUCUGACUAGUAGCCACGUCGUCUUCUCUUCCCUAGUAGUUGAAACUCAAACAUUGAAAAACAACCUAGCUUGUGAACAAAACAAUGUAAAUAGCAAAGAAACACAAGGACAAAACUCAGUAUACUUUCGUUUCAAGUAUAUUAGAAUAACUGUUGUGCCUGUGCGCAGCGUUCUUUGACUUUGUGCGAUUAAUUUACCAGCUAUGAAACAAAACGGCAGAAAUACUUUGAAAAUGUUUGUAUUGCUAUUGCUAUUAAUGAGAUCUUACUUGACUAUUUUUAUUUACAAAUUUGAGUGAAAUGAUCGCACUGUGGAGCCCUGACCACCCGCCAAUGUGGCUGGUGAAAUAGACAUGGAAACAGGGCCUAAAAUUAACACCUGCCACCCGCCAAAUGUGGGUAGAUUUUGGCAUUGGCGGGUGGCAGGUGUUAAUUUUAGGCCCUGUUUCCAUGUUCCAAUCUCGACUUGUUUCCAUGUUCCAAUCUCGACUUGUUUCCUCAUUAAGUUCUUGAGCGAGCAGAGAAAGGCUGUUUGGAGAAAGAUUUUGAAUGAAAAGAUAGGAAAUCUGUACAGAUGUUUGGCUUACAGUAUAUAUGGCUAAUUAAGCAGCCCAUAUACACUGAGUAUACCAAACAUUAGGAACACAUUUCUAAUAUUGAGUUGCACCCCGUGAGUUGGACUCUACAAGGUCUCGAAAGCGUUCCACAGGGAUGCUGGGCCACGUUGACUCCAAUGCUUCCCACAGUUGUGUCAAGUUGGCUGGAUGUCCUUUGGGUGGUGGACCAUUCUUGAUACACACAGGAAACUGUUGAGCGUGAAAAACCCAGCAGCGUUGCAGUUCUUGACACAAACCGGUGCGCCUGGAAACUACUACCAUACCCCGUUCAAAGGCACUUCCAUUUUUUGUCUUGCCCAUUCACCGUCUGAAGGGGAAAACAUACAUAAUCCAUGUCUCAAUUGUCUCAUGGCUUAGAAAUCCUUCUUUAACCUGUCUCCUCCCCUUCAUCUACACUGAUUGAAGUGGACAUCAAUAAGGGAUCAUAGCUUUCACCUGGAUUCACCUGCUCAGUCUGUCAUGGAAAGAGCAGGUGUUCUUAAUGUUUUGUACUCUCAGUGUAUAGCGCAGCACUUGUAGACUAGCACAGGAAAGCAGCGCAACAGAUAAAAGGAGAAACUAGUGAUCCAACCUGAGUUAGUUAGUAGCUUAUCUUUGGUAGAGCCUUGCUCCCUCCGACAGUCAAACAAACUGUGAGAUUGAGAUUUUUUUCAUGAAACUAACACAAAGUAAUAUAACUAGUAAUAACGCGGUACUUUCCACACAAAGUAAUAUUGUAAAGUAACGCUUUACUUUUGUUAAAUGUGACGAGUAAUAUGUAAUAUACUACUUUUCCAAGUAACCAAUCCCAACACGGGUGAUGAUGAUGGUAAUUAACCAUAAAAGCUGUUGGGCCGUGCAAGGACAGUGAUGACAUUUUGGCUGUGUCCAAAAUGGCACCAUAUUCCCUAUAUAGUGCACUUUAUUAGACCAGAGCCCUAUGGGUGUGAGCACGUUGUGUGCAGUGACAGUGACAGGGGCAUUUGAAAUGGCAAAAUAUCCGCUAUAUAGUGCACUACAUAGGGAAUAGGUUGCCAUUAUACAGAUGUAGGAUCUUAAUUUGAUCACUCUUUUGUUGCUGAGAAUUUUCUUGCAGAGCAGGAAAUGCAAACUUGUAGUGUAUUCAAGAUUUUAAAAGGCUUCUAAAGUUUGUAAUUUCCACUUUAAAAUAUAUCAAUCCCUACAAAAAAUGUCCAUUAAUUAUGAUCCACAUAAUAAUUCACAUGUCCUGUUGCUGCAAGACUAUUGUGUUGCUGUAGAAAACUGGCUCAAAUGAAGAUACUACAUCUGUAGUUGCAUGCUGUCACUGUCACUGCAGACUACACACUCACACCAGCCAAUUCAGCAGCACCCACUCUAUGACUCAACCAGGGAAAUGUCCUAACAUGUCAUCCCAAUAAGUCUGCACAUGUUGAUGAGUCACGCAAUGACUGGACUCUUUACUGAAUUAAGAGAAAAGCAACUGCAUAUCAGUCAGACAAAUGAACCUGUUAAAUAUGGAAGUCGACAACAUGUAGGGCUGGUUUCCCAGCCAGAUUAAGCCUAAUCCAGGACUAAAAAGCAUUCUCAAUGGUGAUUCUCCAUUGACAUAAUGGUAUUGUAGUAGUGUGUGCAUUACAUCCUUGGAACUGACUGACACACACACACACACACACACACACACACACACACACACACACACACACACACACACACACACACACACACACACACACACACACACACACACACACACACACACACACACACACACACACACACACACACACACACACGCUUGCAAGACUCAUAGCGCUACUUACCUGUCAAGAAAGCAUCUCUAAUGUGAUCUGGUUCGCCCCGGGAUGUGCAUCAAGUGAUUCUCCAUUGAAAUCUUUUUUUAGUCUAGGACUAAAAUGAAUCCGUGUCUGGGGUCGUUCCAUGUCAUUUCAGCAAGCCAUGACACCCACCAUCUCAGAUUGUGCUGAAAUCAUUUCUGUAGUUAAAAACAGAUAAGAUAAGCAUUAUGGAAACAGUAUUUUGUUGAAAUAUAAUUUGGGGAAAAAAAUCCCUCAUCAAUCUACACAUUAUAACCCAUAAUGACAAAAAAUAAACACCUUAUUUACAUAAGUAUUCAGAUCCUUUGCUAUGAGACUCGAAAUUGAGCUCAGGUGCACCUGUUUCCAUUGUUCAUCCUUUAGAUGUUUCUACAACUUGAAUGGAGUCCACCUGUGGUAAAUUCAAUUGAUUGGACAUGAUUUGGAAAGGCACACACCUGUCUAUAUAAGGUCCCACAGCUGACAGUGCAUGUCAGAGCAAAAACCAAGCCAUGAGGCCGAAGGAAUUGUCCGUAGCUCCGAACAAGGAUUGUGUCAAGGCACAGAUCUGGGAAGGAUACCAAAAUAUUUCUGCGGAAUUGAAGGUCCCCAAGAACACAAUGGCCUCCAUCAUUCUUAAAUGGAAGAAGUUUGAAACCUCCAAGUCUGUUCCUAGAGCUGGCCGCCCAGCCAAACUGAGCAGUCGGGGGAGAAGGGCCUUGGUCAGGGAGGUGACCAAGAACCCGAUUGUCAAUCUGACCGAGCUCCAGAGUUCCUCUGUGGAGAUGGGAGAACCUUCCAGAAGGACAACCAUCUCUGCAGCACUCCACCCAUCAGGCCUUUAUGGUAGAGUGGCCAGACAGAAGCCACUCCUCAGUAAAAAGGCACAUGACAGCCCACUUGGAGUUUGCCAAAAGGAACCUAAACGACUCUCAGACCAUGAGAAACAAGAUUCUCUGGUCUGAUGAAACCAAGAUUUAACUAUUUCGCCUGAAUGCCAAGCAUCACGUCUGGAGGAAACCUGGCACCAUCCCUACGGUGAAGCAUGGUGGUGGCAGCAUCAUGCUGUGGGGAUGUUUUUCAGCGGCAGGGACUGGGAGACUAGUCAGGAUCGAGGGAAAGAUGAAUGAAGUACAGAGAGAUCCUUGAUGAAAACCUGCUCCAGAGCGCUCAGGACCUCAGACUGGGGGCGAAGACUAACCUUCCAACAGGACAACGACCCUAAGCACACAGCCAAGACUACACAGGAGUGGCUUCGGGACAAGUCCCUGAAUGUCCUUGAGUGUCCCAGCCAGAGCCCGGACGAACCCGAUCGAACAUCUCGGGAGAGACCUGAAAAUAGCUGUGCAGAGACGCUCCCCAUCCAACCUGACAGAGCUUGAGUGGAUCUGCAGAGAAGAAUGGGAGAAACUCCCCAAAUACAGGUGUGGCAAGCUUAUAGCGUUAUUUCCAAGAAGACUCAAGGCUGUAAUCACUGCCAAAGGUGCUUCAACAAAGUACUGAGUAAAGGAUCGGAAUACUUAUGUAAAUGUGAUAUUUACAUAAGAUAUUUACACCUGCUUUUGCUUUGUCAUUAUAAGAUAGUGUGUAGAUUGAUGAGGAACAAAAACUAUUUAAACUAGUUUAGAAUAAGGCUGUAACGUAACAAAAUGUGGAAAAAGUCAAGGGGUCUGAAUACUUUCCGAAUGAGUUCUCUAUGUCUGACAAGUAGUAUGGCGCUGCGGCUGGGGUAUUGUUCUUUAUCCUAUGUAAUGUAUUCUCUGUGAAUUUGGUUAUGUUUUUUUCCCCAUGUUCAGAGAAAUGUGUCAUUGAAGCUGUUGGGUUUAUCUCCCAUCCUACAUCCUGAUAUUACCAGGUUCUGAUCACUUGAUAGUCCUGUUCCUGCUAUUAGGAUAUCUUUUUUUUUGUUUACCUGGCCACUGUUUCAAAUGCAAACUUUUUUAGCAUUUGUGGCAUAAGUCCAAUGCAAGUAAAUGGUACCUAUAUUAUCAUUUUCGCGCUUCACAUUCAAAUCAUCUAUAAGUAGCAUUGAGAUAUACAAUCAAUUUUUUUGAUACUUUAGGAUUAUUUGGACAUGAAGCAUGUAAAUGCUUAAAUAGGUACCAAUGACUUGCAUUGAAUUUGUGACACAAAUGCAAAAAAGUUAGCAUUUGAAACAAUGCCGAACAAAACCAAAGCAUGGGUUGGGGGAUUCUACAAUUGUAUUUUCACCUAAUAGCAGGAACAGCACCAUGUAGUGGUCAGAACCUGGUAACAUUAGGUUGUUGAAUGGGGGACACACCAAAUUCUCUGCGAAUACAUAACAUAGGAUGAAGAAACACAACUCAGAGCCGCAGCUCCAUACUACUUGUCAGACAUAGAGACAUUUUGAACAUGUCUAACUCAUUGUUAGAAAAAAGUUUGGUCCAAAUCAGAUGUUAGGUACUAUAUUUAUUGAAUGUUAUGAGAAUCCUAUAAAUUAAAUGUGCCAAUUUGGGUGCAAUCAAUUAGCUUAAUUUCUCAGAGAUCAAAUUAUAUUUCAUCAAAAUAAUGUUGCAGGAAUGCUAAUCUUAUCUGUUCCUAACAACAGAAACGAUUUCAGAACAAUCUGAGAUGGUGGGUGUCGAAAUGCUUUUUUGGGGUGGAACGACCUCCUGGGAAACGGACGCUUAUUGUGUAAUCUACAGACAUGAGUAAUUAAUCAAUGUUUCUUUUCACUGAACACUUCAAUUAAUUAGUAUGGGUAAGUGUUUGUGUACAGUCGUGGUCAAACAUUUUGAGAAUGACAGAAGUAUUGGUCUUCACAAAGUUUGCUGCUUCAAUGUUUUUAGAUAUUUUUGUCAGAUGUUACUAUGGUAUACUGAAGUAUAAUUACAAGCAUUCCAUAAGUGUCAAAGGCUUUUAUUGACAAUUACAUUAAGUUUAUGCAAAGAGUCAGUAUUUGCAGUGUUGACCCUUCUUUUUCAAGACCUCUGCAAUCCGCCCUGGCAUACUGUCAAUUAACUUCUGGGCCACAUCCUGACUGAUGGCAGCCCAUUCUUGCGUAAUCAAUGCUUGGAGUUUGUCAGAAUUUGUGGGUUUUUGUUUGUCCACCCGCCUCUUGAAGAUUGACCACAAGUUCUCAAUGGGAUUAAGGUCUGGGGAGUUUCCUGGCCAUGGACCCAAAAUGUUGAUGUUUUGUUCCCGGAGCCACUUAGUUAUCACUUUUGCCUUAUGGCAAGGUGCUCCAUUAUGCUGGAAAAGGCAUUGUUCGUCACCAAACUGUUCUUGGAUGGUUGGGAGAAGUUGCUCUCGGAGGAUGUGUUGGUACCAUUCUUUAUUCAUGGCUGUGUUCUUAGGCAAAAUUGUGAGUGAGCCCACUCCCUUGGCUGAGAAGCAACCCCACACAUGAAUGGUCUCAGGAUGCUUUACUGUUGGCAUGACACAGGACUGAUGGUAGCGAUCGCCUUGUCUUCUCCGGACAAGCUUUUUUCCGGAUGCCCCAAACAAUCGGAAAGGGGAUUCAUCAGAGAAAAUGACUUUACCCCAGUCCUCAGCAGUCCAAUCCCUGUACCUUUUGCAGAAUAUCAGUCUGUCCCUGAUGUUUUUCCUGGAGAGAAGUGGCUUCCUCGCUGCCCUUCUUGACACCAGGCCAUCCUCCAAAAGUCUUCGCCUCACUGUGCGUGCAGAUGCACUCACAUCUGCCUGCUGCCAUUCCUGAGCAAGCUCUGCACUGGUGGUGCCACGAUCCCGCAGCUGUAUCAACUUUAGGAGACGUCCUGGCGCUUGCUGGACUUUCUUGGGCUGAAAUGCAGUGGACAUUUUUGGGGGGGAUUCAGUUUAUUUUCAUGGCAAAGAGGGACUUUGCAAUUAAUUGCAAUUCAUCUGAUCACUCUUUAUAACAUUCUGGAGUAUAUGCAAAUUGCCAUCAUAAAAACUGAGGCAGCAGUCUUUGUGAAAAUUAAUAUUUGUGUCAUUCUCAAAACUUUUGACCACGACUGUACUUACUGAUAACUUGUCAAAGCACUCAGUGAUAGCAUGGUAUAGCUCAUCACUGAUAUGUUUUUCUCUGAUUACAGUAUGUCACAGAGACGGAGAGCAACCUCCAGCAAGUCAAAACUCUGUUGGCAAGCACUCAGAAGGACAAAGUAGAGCUGGCCAAUCAGCUUGAAGAAGAGAAAAGGUACGGUGUCAGGGAUUUCUAUGGAGUGAUCUUGCUGGUUUGGUCCUUUUUAGGGCAAUUCAUUUGUGGCACAAAAAUAUAUAAAUACUAAAUUGCUCAGAGCAGUUAAAUAUCCUGUUUUAAUACAGGUAUGAGGUAUCCCAAUUUAAUAUAUAUUAAAAGUCUCCACUUUUAUGACAACAGGAUAUUACUAUUGUCAUCUCGGCAAUUGAAACCAAUGCAAAAAAAAUCCUCAAGUGUGAAACCACCACCGAUGUUAUUCCAUUUAGGGUACUCAGAAGAACAUUGCUAGCGCAUUGUCAUUGUCAUAUGCCCUGCUUUUAAAAGACACAACAGUUUAUUAGCUAGCUGCCCUAGCCGUCUUUGGUAGAACUUUCAGCUGUGAAUAAAAUCUAUUGUUCCAGGAAAAGAGAUAUGAUUCGUCCCAAUGGCACCCUAUUCCCUAUAUAGUGUAGUACUUAAUACUUUUUUCAAUAGGGUAGCCAUUUGGAACAGAUCCAUGGUUGUCUGUGCUGUAAUCAGACCUGUGCCAAAUAUAUAUGUCAAACACUUUCACAUACUUAAAGUGCGCUUGAUUUAGCCUGACCAGUUUAAGGGGUGGGAGCACUUUUGGGACUAUUCCAUUGGUUCCAUUGCACUGGGCAAGCUCAAUCAAGUGUACCUCAAGUGAUUUAAUUAACAUAAUGUAUGCAGUUCUUGAAGUGGGACAAUGCUUUCCUGUACAGUGUACCGAGUCCGACUCCUCUAAUUUUCUACUGCUGAAGUACUGGCACCUUUUAUGAUGAGUACGGUCACCCAAAAUGAGUACCCGCACCUAUUUUAUUCUACUUGAAGCACUGUCCGUAUGUAUUUGACCCAGGUGUGGUCCUGUGUAGCUCAGUUGGUAAGAGCGUGGCGCUAGCUACGUGAAGGUUGUGGGUUCAUUCCCCACAGGCCUCAAAUAUGCAUGUCAAAAAUGUAUGCAGUCACUGUACUGUAAAUUGUUUUGGAAGAAGCCAUCUGUCGGGUUGUGAUGCUCUUCUGUGGCACUUCCCUGACACCUUGUGGCCGACGUGUUAUUACAGGAAAGUGGAAGACCUUCAGUUCAGAGUGGAGGAGGAGUCAAUCACCAAAGGAGACCUUGAGGUAUUUAUCAACCGUUUUGUAAAAAGCUUAGAUCAACAAUGAUUUGAUAAACGUGUUUUGACGGGAUGAGAAUGUGUGUUUAUAAGACUACUUUUGCAAAAGUGAUCAAAUGUUGCUCUUUCUAUAGUGUAAUGUGAAAGAUAUUAAUUGAGUAGUAGGCUAGUAGCUAACGACACUAUGAUGCUCAGUUAUGUAAGAGUGACCAAAAGCCUGUGCCAAACAUAUAGCGAUUAAAACAUUAAGUGAGCAAAUAUAGACAGAGGAACGUUGCACAUUUUCAAUGUUUAGGGACGGCAGGUAGCCUAGCGGUUAAGAGCCUUGGGCCAGUAACGGAAAAGUCACUGGUUUGAAUCCCUGAGCCGACUAUGUGAAAAAAUGACUAAAAUGUAAAUGUCUGUCUGUAAAAUAUCUGUCCUCCUUCAAUCUCUUGACUGCUGUUACAGAAAAUCCCAUGAGAUGUGUAUUUUUCACACAGUCUCUUCAAUCUGUACAGGUUUCUGUGUCUUGUAUUGUUCUCUACGUCCGGUCUCUCUCCUUUCUCUUUCCUUCUCUGUAGACUCAGACGAAAUUGGAGCAUGCCCGUUUUCGGCAGCUUGAGCAGAAUCUGUUCCUCGAAAAGUCGAGAGCAGAAAAGCUUCAGAAAGAAUUAGAGGUGAAUCGGGUAACUGGAAAAGCUAGCCCAUCCUAGAGCCCCUGCCUGUAAACAUUUUAUUUUGCGCUUCACCCCUGUAUCUUUUGUUUUGGUUGCUGUUGGACUUGCAGCACAAAUCCUUGUCAUUCCUGUCCUGCACCUGUCUCCAAACUCAGUCACUCAUACAGAAAAUACUAGUGUCAGUUACGUCAUCAAACAGCAUAGACUACAAUCAGAAUUGGGUGCCAUUGCCCUGAUUUAUUUAUCAAUGCCAAGAAUGCUCUGUACAGACAUUAGGUUUCAUGUUGAGAGGAACAAAUUGCUAGCCUGACGACUCACACUAAAUUAUUCCGCUACUCUGUCGUUCGCUACAUACUUUAGUCUGAGACUGCCAUCAUUGAAGUUGUUUGUGGUGACGAGGGGCAUUGUACAAAACAAAGCCAUUUAACCAAUCAGAGUAUCAAAGCCAAUGACACAUUUUCAAACCACCACUUUACCCACGUGUGUUCUGGCUCUGGCCCAACCCAUAGGUUUCUGGACCAAUCAGAAAGCCCCGAAUGAGUUCGCAUUCGGUGAAGGGUCGGAGAUGUACUCAGAUCCAGACUCAUUGCGGAGAAGAAACUAAUGUCCGUGGACGUGGCGUAGCGUUUGGCCGGAACAAGGAGUCUGGGUAGCCUGAAUCGAUUUUUUCAUUAAUUAAUGAACAAUUGGACUCACAUCCGAUAGAAAACCACUCCCUCUCUCUCUGGCUGCGUCUCAAAUGGCACCCUAUUGCCUCUAUCGUGCACUACUUAUGACCAGAACCAUAUGUGCUCUAUAGGGAAUAGUGUGCCAUUUGAGACACAGCCUCUAUCUAUCUCUCUUGGCUCUCAGCCCCACUGCCACUUUGUUUCCCAUCAGCUGUAAUGAGUGUCGGAGUGUUGGAGACUGCUCACUCGGCCCUGGUUGUUACUGCAGCCGAGUGAAGCUGAAGUCUCAGCCAGCUCUGAGUUUUCACCUUUCAUCUGUAGCGAUCGCUUUUUCCUCGUUCCUUUUGCCUCCCACUCAAAAAUCGUGUUUGAGUUCCCAGGGUGCCACUCCUGGAGUGGUUGUCAGCUGUAUUCAGUGUCGUUUCCACUGUUGAUGUCAUAAUUUUGUGUUAGUUUACAAGGAGGUUAAAUUGGUGGCAUAAUAUUAGAAUUAGCACCAAUGUGAAACUUCCAUUAAAUUCUGCUGAGGACCAAAAUCUUGCCUUAUACAGUUAUGUACAGUUAUAUACAUUCACACAUUCAUUUUGUGGUGAAACACAGUUAGACAGCACAUUUGGGUCAUGAAUGUUAUAUAGAGCUACAAAUAUACUGAUUUUACCUACAGGGAAGACGCAGUCUUGAUGCAGCACCCUUGAGGUUGGGUAAGAGAACCAAGGUGAAACAAAAUGGACUCAUCGUUUCGUUCGGCUCUGCUCAGCUAUCUAAACUGUUUGAUUCCCAAUUGUCUAUUGUUGACGACGUCGAUCUUGCGAAGUCAAUCUUGCCUUUUUCUUGGACUUAAUUAUUAUCUGAAUGCUAUUAAGGAACUUUUUGAUAACUACUUUUCCUAGAAACCAAUCAACUGUAGUGUUGCUUUUGUCUCAAUGGUCUGUAUUAACUUACUAUGCACUGCAUGUCAUCAGGUCUGCUCUGUCAAACAUGGAGUUCUGUCAUUUUAAUUGGAUGUUUGAAAAUGUCACACUUUAAUUGCUAUGUGUGCGCCUAGUGAUUGCCUAUCUAUGUGUAGUGUUAUGUCUGGGGGUUUUCUGUGGGCUUUGUGCAUCUGCCUGGCUUCUAGAGUGACAAAAUUGCAGAGAAUGGCUUGCUUUCUUCUCAUAGGUUGCACUGUGCCCGCUGAUUUAAAAGCUUGACUUGUUUUUGACGUCUGCGAGCAAAGCGUUUCCUCAAACCAAGGGAUUUCCACUGUAAUGCUUAGCAGUCUAAAAGGCCCAGCUUGUACGCUCAUAUGAUUCUCAAUAUGCCUCUUUUCCUGGCCCUGCAUGCUCUAUUCAAGCAUUUUAUUCGAACGAUUGGUGCUUGAAUGAUGUCAUCCUGUUUCAGGCAUGACGUCAUCCCCAUUACAGGACUGACACUAUUCGGUAACGGGUAUGAUGUCAUUCUGUUACGGGAACGACACCCCUGACAGAUUCAGUAAUGACUCAAACCACAUUAAGGCAAUGAUGGGCUCUCUCUCUCUCUGCCUCCACAGCAAAGCACGGUUGAGGAGCAGAGCCGCGUCAUGCAGCUGGAGGAUGAGCUGGCCCUGCGGCGGGCCGAGAUCGAGGAGCUCCAGGUCCGGCUCCAGGACUCGUCCAUGGACGGGGACUCCACCCAGGGGCCGGUGGCCCAGUCGGAAACCCUUCUGCUCCGGGAGCAGCUCCUGAUGGCAGGCCGGGAACACCGCAAGGAGAGUAGCCAGCUGAGGGAGAAGUACAAGGCGGCAGUGGCAACGGGCCAGGAGGAGACAGACAAACUGAAAGCCAUGGUGGACAAACAGAGCCAGGAGAUCAUCGAGCUGAAGCAGAGAGUCCAGCAGGCCACUACAGAGAACAUGGAGAUGAUGGACAACUGGAAGGUGAGAGGCACUAUUCUCAGAACAGAAAGGGAAUUAUAUUACUCAUUUGGAAAUGUAGGUCUCUCUCUCUCUCUCUAAUCUUGUAUCCCUCUCCUCAAGGUCAAGCUGGACACCCUGGUCAACGACCACCAGCGCUCCCUGGAGGACCUGAAGGCCUCGCUGUCCAGCGGCUCGGCCAAAGGCCAGGAGCAGGACCCCCAGGAGCUGAGGACCACCCUGGAGAGCCUGCGCAUGGAGCACCAGCUGGAGCUGGAGAAUCUCAAGGCCAGGCACGAGAUUGAGGCGGCCAUGCUGGCCAAGGAGUGUGACGAUCUGCGUUCCCGCUUGCAGGAUGCCAAGGACCAGCUGGGCGAGAGCAGCCAGAACUGGAAUAACCAGGCCCAGACAGAGGCCAGGAGUGAUCAGCAGGCCCUGGAGCUGAGGGAGGUCUGGGAGGAGCUCCAGAAGGCCCAGCUGAGGGUGGGCGAGCUGGAGAGGCUGCAGGGCGAGCAGGACGGUGCCCGGGACGAGCUCCGGGAGCGCCUGGAGCUGGCUGAGAAGAAGAUGGUGGACUACAAGGCCCUGCAGAAGGCCGAGGCCCAGAGCCGGGAGGAGCUCUACAGCCUGGAGGAGAAGCUGAGGGUAACUGAGAACCAACUGCAGGCGGUGCAGGAUUACCACCACAUGCCACAGGACGCCAACGUGAGUCCUCUGGGGGGAUAGCUGUGGUAGCAUUGGUUGUAUAUGCUAUGCUGUGGUCCAUAUGAGAUUAGAGUCUUGUGACCCAACUAUAAAAUUAACUAAGGUUGCGUUUAGAGUGGCGCUAAAUCCUUAUUCAUGUGAUCUAAUGCUAGCUUUCUAGAAACACUCUUAGACAAGUAAGUAAUUUCACUUCCACAUGAUAUCUAUGCUAUUCUAGUUCCUUGUGUGUUUCCAUAUCUUUGUCCUCAAUAAACAAAUGAAGCAUUGAAUUGUCAUGGAUUUGCCUUCUAACUCUCAAUUUUGUCUCCCUCUCAGGUUAUAGAAAAUAAUGACAUCUUGGAGGAAAAGAUUAAGCUAAAACAGAAUGUUGAAGGUAUUGUAAAUGUUAACCUGGUUAAUUAAGUUGUAUUGUUACUGUAAACAUAUUUUUAUGUAAAUUAGGAUUCUUUUAGAGACCCUUAAUGUCAAACCUGUGUUAUAGUAAAGUAUUUCAAAUGUCAGACCUCUGUAGGCUUUUGAUUGUACUUUGAGGACAUUGCGUACCGUAAAACGUCAAAAUUAUGGGAAUCAUCCGUUUUUAUUGCCAGGAAGAAACUGCUAGCCAUUGGCUGCUAACAGCUGAGAGCUGCUAGCUAACUGGCAUGCACAAAACAGUCAACAACUUCGGGAGUACAGACCCCCAGAAAUUGAGAAGGGUCUAUCUGCAGACUGUGUUUACUACAUGCCGUGCCCACUUACAUGCUGCGCCCACUUACUAUAUGCCACGCCCACUGUCAUUGAGGCUGCAAGCUAUCUAGGACACAGUGUCCUUCGCCCCCGCCUGCCGAGCCCUGCUUUCCCGCAGUUAUUUUAACGUUACGGCAAAGGUAUUCACUACCCGGUAGUGCGACGCGAGAGUUGGGUUGGCUACACUAGCUAGCUACUUCCCUCGCCAUCACGUUAACAGAACAGGAAAUCAGUGCUCGGCAGGUGGGGGUGAAGGACACUGUGUACCAGUGUCUAUCUGCGGGUGCAGAUCAGUGGGCGGCGGCAUGUAGUAACUGCAGUCUGCAGAUAGACAUUAUUGCAGAAAUCGUCCGAUCGUCCUCGUGGUGAAAGUAAGAACUGACGAAAAUGCACAGUCAAAGAGGAGCAUAAUUAUUCUGUCAAGGAGAGGCAUACUAAAAUAAAAGAAACGUGACACAGUUUGUAAAGGAUAACACAUUUAGUGCAGGAAAUGAAGAAAUUCAUUAAAAUGCUGGAAGUGAAUGCUGGAAUUAAACAAAAUGUACUAUGCAAAUGAGCAAAAGCUGUGAAGUAGGAGCCUGGCUCAAAUAGAAUCCUGUCUCUAAUAAGCGCCUGUUGUGUUCAGUGAUUUAAGCAAAUAAAUGCCCAGGCUAUUAAUUGAAGUUUUACGGUAGUUAGAUUCCAAGGUUUUUGACCAACGGUGGUUUCACGUUUCUUUCAGAAACUAUGGAGAAUCUGACCAAAAGUGAAAAAGAGGUCUCCACUCUCACAUCACAGGUCGAUGCCCUCAAAUCACAGAUAACUGGUAAAUUAUACUGCUAUGACAACGAUAUGUUGCGUAAAAGGUGAAAAGAGACUCCGCACUCUGAUGAAGACCUGAUUGGUCGAGACGUUGUCAAAUAAAUUCCCAAGGGAGCAUAGAAUGCAGUGUGUGAAGUAUAUUUUCACCUUUUAUUGAACAUUCUUUGAUAUCCAGAACCUGUUCAAGUCUAUAGAUGUACGUAUGUCAUCUUUUUUCUAUCUAUGAUAUUUUGCACUCCAUGAAUGUCUUGACAAAUACGACACAUUCACUCUCCAUCAACUACAUGUACAGUAUUUGAUUGCCUGAGAACAUUUUCUCUCAAACAUAUUGCAUGGAAAAAAUUUUAAUCCCUAAAUUAUAAAACUUAAUUAAUGAAUAAUGAAACAAGGUCUGAUGAAUAAUACAAAUAUACAAUUUCAUUGACUGGUGACUGAAUAUACAUGUCCUUUUUUUACCAAAAAUAUAAAUGCAACGUGUAAAGUGUUGGUCUCAUGUUUCAUGAGCUGAAAUAAAAGAUCCUAGAAAUGUUCCAUAUGCACAAAAAGUGCAUUUCUCUCUAAUUUUGUGCACAAAUUUGUUUACAUCCCUGUCAGUGAGAAUUUAUCCUUUGCCAAGAUAAUCCAUCCACCUGCCACAUGUGGCAUAUCAAGAAGCUGAUUAAACAGCAUGAUCAUUACACAGGUGCACCUUGUGCUGAGGACAAUAAAAGGCCACUCUAAAAUGUGCAGUUUUGUCACACAACACAAUGCCACAGUUUUGAGGGAGCGUGUAAUUGGCAUGCUGACUACAGGAAUGUCCACCAGAGCUGUUGCCAGAAAAUAGAAUGUUCUACCAUAAGUCUCCUCACAACUGCAGACCACGUGUAUGGAGUCGUGUGGGCAAGCGGUUUGCUGAUGUCAACGUUGUGAACAGAGUGCCCCAUGGUGGCGGUGGGGUUAUGCUAUGGGCAGGCAUAAGCUACGGACAAUGAACACAAUUGCAUUUUAUCAAUGGCAAUUUGAAUGCACAGAGAUGCCGUGAUGAGAUCCUGAGGCCCAUUGUCGUGCCAUUCAUCCGCCGCCAUCACCUCAUGUUUCAGCAUGAUAAUGCACGGCCCCAUGUCGCAUGGAUCUGUACACAAUUCCUGGAAGCUGAAAAUGUCCCAGUUCUUGCAUGGCCUGCAUACUCACCGUGUACGACAGCGUGUUCCAAUUCCUGCCAAUAUCCAGCAACUUCGUACAGCCAUUGAAUAGGAUUGGGACAAUAUUUCACAGGCCACAAUCAACAGCCUGAUCAACUUUAUGCGAAUGAGAUGUUUUGCGCUGCAUGAGGCAAAUGGUGGUAACACCAGAUACUGACUGGUUUUCCUUCUUUUUUUUUUUUUUUUUUUAAGGUAUCUGUGACCAACAGAUGCAUAUCUGUAUUCCCAGUCAUGUGAAAUCCAUAGAUUAGGGCCUAAUUAAUUUAUUUCAAUUGACUGAUUUCCUUAUAUGAACUGUAACUCAGUAAAAUCUUUGAAAUUGUUGCAUGUUGCAUUCAUAUUUUUGUUCAGUAUAUAUAUUUGAAGCGCCAACACUGCAGCACUUGUUGGUCCAAACCAAACAUUUAACUCAAAAUCCUUCUCAAACCUCUUUUGGUCCACCAGCCUUGGAGGGCAAAGUUCGCUUGGGUGAGAAGAAGGGCGACGCCCUGGUCAAGGAGAAGAUGCGCCUGGAGGCCGACCUCGAGUGCAUGACCAAGAAGUCCCAUGAUGCAUCGGGACAGCUGGUUGUAAUUAGCCAGGAGUUACUGAAGAAGGAGAGGUAAUUUGAUGGCGAGAGAGAGAGAGCGAGAAAGAGAGGGAACACUAUUGAUUUUCCACCACAACUCAGCAUUUUCCCUUUGAAAUAGGGAAUAAAACAUGGCAGCCCACCCACUGCUACAAGAUAUAUCUUACAUUCAUCUGAAGGAGAUUAGAUGUUUGCUAAAGCACUUGUGUAAAACCGUCCCCGCUCUUUACACAUACAGUGUUUUGUGCUAGAAUCGUGUGUUUUCAAAGACUGACAAAACAGUCGCAACUCGUCUUUUUGAUAUGCAGUCACUAGACGUAUGCUAGAUAUCUGUUUUAUGAGGAUCAAUCCACUUAGGUUAAAAGCUGUUAAGGUAAUGGAGAAAAUUAGCCUGAUUUAAAAGUAGGUCCAAAAGGCCUUUUCACCCCUCAAGUCAAUGCAUUGUCAUGGCUGUGUUACUGUAAAGUGUCCCAUUACUCUAAGGCGUUUAGGGAGAUUACGCACACAGCGCUUAGGGAUAUUAGGCCUGGAAAUAUAAGCAACAAUUUAUUGAAAGGACAUUAACGCAACAUUAUGUAGUUUGCAGUAUUUGACCGUGUCAUCUACCUUUCAUGGAGAAAAAAAAAAAAACAUGUAUCAUAGAUAGGUUCGGGUCGUUGAUGGUGAAACAACCCUGAAUCUAGCCUGGGUGCCAGUCUCUUUCUGCUCUCUUACCAACUCUGGGGAAUUGUCAUGCCAAUGACAGCAUUGGAGUUGGCAAGACCACAAUCAAGCCUGGGACCAGGCUACCCUGAAUCAGGAAGGCAAGGGUAAAUCUUAAUGGUAUUCAUUGUUGUAUCGUCCCCUUGUGUCAGGAGUCUGAACGAGUUAAGGGUGUUACUACUGGAUUCCCCUCGCCACUCGCCUGGCCUGGACCGAGAUCUGAGCCGAGAGGUGCACAAGGCUGAGUGGAGGGUGAAGGAGCAGAAACUCCAGGAUGACAUCAAGACCCUGAGAGACAAACUGCUCCUGCUGGUGAGAGGGGAGGGGCUGGGAGAUGUCAAUCACAGUGCUGGCGCCGCAUCACAUCAUGUGUCCAUCAAUUUAGGGUCAUAUUCACUAGUAACCAAACGGGAGUAAACAGGCCAAAACGGGGAGGAAUGCUUUUUUUCUUUGCUAAACGUUUUGCUAUGGUGUGUACUAAUAAAUGCGACACAGUUUGUUGUGUUCUCAUGCUCUCUUUGUGUUCACAAAGAUGAAAGCUGGUCUAGAAGUAGAAAGGUCUACAUGAUUAAGAUUAUAAAUGUUCCAUGUUUCUUAUUUAAAGUGGAUACAGUAUAUGGCUAUUAUUUUGUUCAUGUCUGUAUCCUAUAUUAUUUAAAAUAUGUUUGACUCCGUGUAUUCAUAUCAAAGGCAGACCUAGCAAUGACAGAUGUAGCCCUCCACAUUUUUCCAGCAAUGGAUUGAAUAACUAAACAGGGUUGUGUUCAUUAGGGCCCGCAUCUAUAAAAGUCAAGGUAGUCCCUUCCUGUUUCAGUCUGUUUUUCUUUAUUUUAGUGCCUAAUGAACACCCAGUUGAUCCUUACACGUGAUGUGUGUGUUCUCAGGGCAGGGAGAGGGGCUCGUCCCCAGAUCACCGGCGCUACUCUAUGCUGGACCCGUCAACCCUGGACUCGGAGGUGACCCGUCUGCGCCAGCGGCUCAUGAGCACAGAGGAGGCCCUGAGGGGAGCCCUGGAGCACAACCAGGAAGUGGACCAGCUGGUGCAGGCCAUGCGCAUACACCCAGACAAGAGCCAGGUAAACUAGACCAGGACCACCUCUAGCUAGCACUUGUUUUGCCUUCCUGGGACAGAUUUUGUUUAUAGUGGCUAUUUUGAAGAAGGGUCUACCUGCAAUGACUGUUUUUCCCUACUAAACUUAGUUCAAUGCAGUGACUGUAAAUCGCUCUGGAUUAAAGCAUCUGCUAAAUCAUUAAAAUGUUAAUGUAAUGUAAUGUAAGCUACAGUUGCAGGCACUACAAAGUUAGGCCGCGUCGUGGUUUUGGCAGAACAAUUGCCACAAUGUGCGUGCAACAAAAUGUGGCACUCUAUCGUCUCCCAGUGGUGUAAAGUACUUAUGUAAAAAUACUUUAAAGUACUACUUAAGUCAGGUUUUUUUGGUAUCUGUACUUAUUUACAUUUUUGACAACUUUUACUCCACUACAUUCCGAAAGAAAAUAAUGUACUUUUUACUCCAUACAUUUUCCCUGACACCCAAAAAUACUUGUUACAUUGCGAAUGCUUAGCAGGGCAGGGGAAUGGUCCAAUUCACGUACUUGUCAAGAGAACAUCCCUGGUUAUCCAUACUGCCUCUGAUCUGGCGGGCUCACUAAACACAAAUGCUUUGUUUGUAAAUGAUGUCUGAGGGUUGGAGUGUGCCCCUGGCUAUACGUAAAUUUAAAAAACAGGAACAUCGUGCCGUCUGGUUUGCUUAAUAUAAGUCAUUUGAAAUUAUUUAUUUUGACUUUUGAUACUUAAUUACAUUACCAAUUACAUUUACUUUUGAUACUUCAGUAUAUUUAAAACCAAGUAUUUUACUGGCUGAUUUUUACUUUUACUUGAGUCAUUUUCUAUUAAGGUAACUUUACUUUUACUCAAAUAUGACAAUUGGGUACUUUUUCCACCACUGUCGUCUCCUAGUGAUAGUUUGUCACAGAAACCUGUCCCGCAACUGUAACAUGAGUUUGAUUGGCAAAUCUAAAAAAACUUGUUUCUUGAACGGCAAACAGUGUAUGUACCAUGUAGCAAAGUACUAACACUGUAAUUACACUGUACUUGCCUUUGUAACUACCACAUAAAUACAUGGUUUCAGUGUAAUUUAAUAUUAAGUGGUACCGAAGGCUGUUCAAUACAAAAGUCAGGAUAUAUGCGUUUGAGUAACGUAAAAUGCACGCUUCUUUCAUGAUUCUCUUCCAGGUGCAUGGUGGUGCAAAUUCAGCCAAUGGGAUUCAUCAACAGAAUUCUUCCUUUACUCAAGAUGUAGGUAUUAAUUAAUCAUAAUAACACAUCAAUCACACAUGUUAUAUGUCACAUCAAUUACAUUUAUCUUAACUCCAUAGAUCAGUUAUAGAUCAGUUAGUUACUCACUGUCUAGAGAUUUACUAAAUGCCAUUAUUGCCAUUCCCACAAUGAGUUACAUAAAUACAACAUUAACGGACGGUUUACCUAACACAGAUAAAGCCUAGUUCUAGACUUAAAAGCAUGCUCAAUAGAGAAUCUCCAUUUAAAAUGCUUUUUAUUCCAAGACGAGGCUUAGUCUGUGCCCUAAAUGAAUACUCUGACUGAUAUGUAUUUGCUACAUUAUUUGAGCGUCUUCUUCAAUUUUAUGGCUUGCUCCCCAGGAACAACACUGAUAUAGGAGAAGAAGAUCCCAUCUUGAAUUGGGGAAAUGCAGAGGUACAUUUUAAAAGAAGAAGAAGUCGGUACGACUUGGGACUAGCACUCCACUGGACUCCAGACUACAUGUUCUGUUACAGUUACUACCAAAACAAUGUCUCUCUAUCUCAAUAUAUACAUUCAUCUGUUGCAAAAAAGAAAAACACCCAUUAGCCAAACUUAAGACAGCUUGAAGAUACUGUAAAAUGGUUGACGGAGAUGGAGGUGAAAAAUUAUAGGUAUGACUUUUGAAAACUGAUACAUACCCUGCCUACAUACCCAAGGAUGGUAUUGGACAUUUGGACAUGGGAUAACCUUUUAUCUUAGUUUAUUAGAGAUCAUGACCCGACGAGUCAUGGUAUGUAUCAGUUCGAGAAUUACGAAUUGUGACUCCAGAGAAUGAAAUUACUCUGGUGUCUGAUUGAAAACAAAGAUGAAGAAUUUGGCUUCAAUCCAUCACUUUUUGUUUUAUUUAUUUGCCACACUUAUUUUUUAUCCUUAGAUUAUUGUAGCUGAUUUGAUUUGGCCAGUGACAUUCACAUUUUUUCAUAGCGAACAUGCUCUGUAGCGAACAUGUGAAUGAAACGGGGAUGCUGCUGGAUUUAGGCUGAUGUUAUGUCUACAUAUGAAUAUAGCUGCAAUAUCGGAAACUUGUGCAUACUGUAAAAGUGUAUUUAGCCAACUGAACCAAUCCAACUCGGUGUCGUAUGUGCACCAAAUAGCUAUCAGUUUAAUGGUUUACUCAUUUGAACUGAGUUAUCCUUUAAUUCCACUAUGGCUUUACUGGAUAGUGGGAAACCGCACCACUUUGUAGUGUUUUCAUACACGCGAAAAAAAUAAUAAUUCAAGUGUUGAUCAUUUAUCUAAAGACAUUUGACCCAAUGUUUGUGAAAUUUCAACCUGGAUCAAUGCCUUGGGAUCACUUUGUCCUUUGAUUCGAGUAGGCCACUCAACGGCUGUUUGGAGCACGAUACAAACAAUGGAACAUUCAAGGCCUUUGUCCCAAAUGGCACCCUAUUCCCUAUAUAGUGCACUAUUUUU